UGGGCGUGUCCCCAGUGCUGGAACAUGAACCGGUAAUAAAUGACACAUGCACAGACAGAGCCCGGUGUGCAGAGCUGGGCCUGCUGACUGCUGCACAAUGAGCGGAAUGGAGAUGAGCGAUGGGGACCGGACAAUGGAGUGUUCGCUUCUCAGGGAUCAGUUCGGAAGGCUCCAUCUGUUUAUCAUGAGACAUGUCCGCCGACUGCUGCCUGCUGGAUUCACAGGAGAAUUAAAGAAACAGGGAGCUCUGGCCGGACCGGUGGUAAGGGAUGUUACAUUGCACAUACACGUUAUAUGGGACUGUCCUUGGCUUCUGUAAUAAGUGUCAUUAAUUAUGUAACUAUUAAAUUGUCAUAUGUAGUAGAUUUCUUUAGUGUGCUGAGUGAAAUUUCCAAAUAAAUGUUUAGUAUAAAUCUAUCUCCUGUCUGUCUGUCUAUAUAUCUAUCAUGAGGUUUGAAUGUUGCAAUCAAAGUGAUACAUAAAUAAACACAAGUAAACAUUUUUUUGUUCGUUUUUUUUCAUCAAAAUGUUUUAUUUAAUAACUUUAAUAAUGCACUUUGGAGAAUGGCCAUAAACCUUUAUUACGGAUUUCAUAAUUUCAUUUAAACAAUAACCAAUAAUAAUAAACCAUAACUUUAAACCAAACCAACAUAUUAACCAUAACCACUUUCCAAGGCUCCGCCCCCCCUCCAAAGCCAGGAGCCAUAAAUAUAUCUUAUACCAAAUCCACCCUCCUGUGAUGACCAGGAGGGCGACUUAUAUCCCAUAAUGAGGUCACGACAUAGGUUCCCACAAUAAAAAAGGGGGAGGGUGGGUGGGAACAGCAGCUCGAAUAUUUUAAUAUAGCCAACCUUUAGAUUUGUAUGGCACAAGCUGAGGUAAUUAAUUUUGGCGCCUUUACAUUUAUACUCAUUAUUUUCCCUCCACUGUGGUCCUCGCGCUGCUAUGUACCAAUCAGGGCUCAUGCCCUGGUUGCGAGCUUACUGCCUUUCUAACAGCGCAAGCUGCCCUGCCAUUAACCCUAGCCCUGGAUUUAACCCCUAGCAUUAUACUUACCCCCCACUUUGCUCCAUCAAGCCUCAUGAGGCUGCUCCUUACGCAGUCCGCGUGCCCGACAUUAACCCCCCUUUCACUGUUUAAGAAAUACAAACAUGUAUUCCAAACAUAAUGUCGCCUCAUUACCUAGAUUAGAGAUUUUAAGUACCUUAUUUUCCAGCACCGAGACUCACUCAUUGCUGCCUGUUCCUGCAAUGUCAUCUAGCAGGUGUCUAGUCAUUGCCUUCUUCUCCAUUACAAUGCUUCUCAUAUUGAAUUGUUGAGACGGGAAGCACAUGCAUGGCAAGCUUCGCAUUGCGCUUCUAUCAAAUGAUUUGGACGUCUCAUAACAGAGUCAGGCAUGGUUAUGAGUGUAGAAGCACCUCGGCUGGCUGUCAGCAAUGUGUCCACUUGAAGUGUUUUUAGCCCUGCAUUCAAAACAUUGCCAUAUCUAGUAAACCUCAGUGUUUUAGAUUGCAGGGAUAAAAUACCAAGGGUACUGCACCAAGGGCAUUGAGAUGAAGUGGUCUGGGUUCCUUUAGUGUUCCUUUCAAGCGGCAGUCUAAACACCAUAACCACUAAAGACCAUUGUUAAACUUCCAAAAGUAAAUUUAGGACAAAUUGGUUAGUUCGGGAGUAGAUAACAAGGUAUUUGUUUUGUUGAUACCUGCUGAACAACAUUUGUGCACAAACCUAGUGGGUAUUUCACCUGCCUCCCCCAAUUUUGUGUGUCAAACUAUUUUUGAGAGAUAAACUGCUGGGUCUCCUGGGCAUGGUCGCUUGCCAUAUUUCAAAUAAGGAAGUUAAAGGAACACUUUGUGCACGAAAACAAUUUUAUCAGAAUGAAGUUGUCAUGAUGUGAAGAGGUCCCGGGUUCAUUUUUUUGAAGUUGCUAUAUUGCUAAUUGUGUUCUUUAAACUUCCACAUUAUCAAUAUUAACUUCAUCAAUAUUUGGAUGUCAGUGACAGGUUAAAGCAUGUAAAUUCCACAUUGGCAAUACUGCAAGUGAGUGGGCAUUCUCUAGGUGUAUUAGGCAAUCCAAUCCCUGAUUUUCCUGAAAUCUCUCCGAAAAUAGUUUGAUUCCUAACCGUGGAACACCACCCAUAGCCUACUAGCACUAGAAGUAUGAUGGUCUGUAGUGAUUAUGUUGCAUAAACAUAUGAGGCCCAUAUAUGUGCCUGCAUGUAUAUCUAUCUGUAGUACCAGGGUACCCUAUUUACAGUCACUGACCUGGCCCAUAGUCGGUGGGCAGGAGGCUGGCAAGCAGGCUCCUCCAGGAGCUCGUGGCAAACUCAGAGUUUGUCACAAUAAUCCAACUUGAUAAUCUCAGCCAUAUAGGCAGUGCCAGUCGAGGGGAGACCAGCACAGCGUAGGGGAAAAAGAUGAGUAAAAACACCAUUCCUUUGCGAACGGAAGGGGUCUGGUCACCUAAACUCCUACAUAAUGACAGACAUACUCAAACACACACCAUGACAGACAUACACACGCACAGGACAGACAUACAUACAUACAUACACACACACACAAAGAAACACACACACCAUGACUGACAGACAUACAUAUACAUACACACACACACACCAUGUCAGACAGACCUACACACACAAUGACAGACUCACACAAACACACACACACACACACCAUGACAGACACUCACACACACAAUGAGGGCUAGAGGGCUUCCGCGUUUCUCACUGUGAAAAUCACAGUGAGAGGACGCCAGCGUCCAUAGGAAAGCAUUUUGAAUGCUUUCCUAUGGACUGGCUAAAUGCGCGCGCCGCUCCUGCCGCGCAUGCGCAUUCAUCUGAAGGGGGAGGAGAGCUCCCCGCCCGGCGUUGGAAAAAGAGGUAAGUUUAACCCCUUCCUCUCCAGCAAGCCCAGCGGGAGGGGGACCCUGAGGGUGGGGGCACCCUCAGGGCACUAUAGUGCCAAGAAAACAAGUAUGUUUUCCUGGCACUAUAGUGGUCCUUUUAAGGGGUCUGAAUGCAUUGUAUAUGACCGCUUCUUUAGAAGUUUAGCCGAAACUUUAUAGUUCAGCACAAUAUGUGACCUACAAUACUCAAACUUUGAGCACUACAAACAGAGCAUCUGACAGUCUCGGGCAAUAGAAAGGAUCCCAUCUUAUAGAGAGGUGCUCCAGGUAUUGAUUGAUACCAGGGACUCCCUGGUGUGAGCAGGAAUUUGGUUGAACCCUACUCAUGACAAAACGUUAAGCUGUGUCAUUACGUCCUAACAGUAUUAAAUCAAGAUAUAGUUGGGACAUAACAUAUCUUAAUGUUGUGAAGUGGUUAAUUAGCCAUACUCUUACACAUACCUAAUUAAACCACACUCCAAACAUGCCUAACCAACCAAUAUGAUACUGUUACAACCUGGAAUUAUAGUUGAUUGUAAUGGGAUUUUACCAUUUGAUUUAAACAACAUACCUAACAGCUGAAAUGAACUAUAUAUACUACAUAUAAAGUCAUGGGAAAAAGAAAGCACACCCUGAUUGAAUUCAAUGGUUUUACAUAUCAGGACAUAAUAAUCUGUUUCUUAGUAGAUCUUAAAAUUAGGUAAACGCAACCUCAGACGAACAACACAUGACAUAUUACGCUGUGCAUUUAUUUAACAAAAAUAAAGCCAAAAUGGGGAAGCAGUGUGUGAAAAACUAGGAAGAGGCUAAGUAGCAGACAUGUGCUGCUAAUCAAAUGCCCUUGAAUAAUUAAUCAUCAGCAAGUGUGACCACCUCUAUAUAAGCCAUAGUUUUAGCAGUUUGCUGGUCUGGAACAUUAAGAUGUGUGUUAACACAAUGCCAAGGAGGAAAGCCAUUAGCAAUGAUCUUAGAGAUUUUGUCUGCAUAUGCACCUUGAAGAAGACUAACGUCGAAAUGCGUCGUGCUUAUGUGGCUGAUUUUAAACCCACAUUAUUAUUUUUAAUAAACAUUGUAACUCAAAAAUAGUGUAAUCAGUAACGCAUAAUAAUAAUUAAUAAUAAUACUAUGCACAAAUGUCCAUUUUGAAGAAGCGUACAUUGCAACAUCCAUAUGAAAAUUAAUGAGCAAUUUAUUAUAAAUAAAUAUAUAUAUUUAUAAAGCUGGACUGUUGUAAAGAGUAUUUAGAUUACUGUGCCUACCUUUCCUAUAAAAAUAGCUGUUAUUUAAUCUGAUUUAGCAGCCAAAUGGCCUCCUUUUUUUUUCCCCUCCACCUUGACCCAGGAUAUCGUGGACAUCAUAAUUAGUGAUGAUCUCUCCACCAAUCCAAUGCUUCCCAUAGCAAAGUAUUGGGAGACUGUACAAGCACAGCAGUUAUUGUGCUGUGCCAGCAUUACUUCUCAUAGUAAAGUCUCACAUUCUCAACUCAAACUCAACUUAAAAGACCACUAUAGUGCCAGGAAAACAUCGUUUUCCUGGCACUAUAGUGCCCUGAGGGUGCCCCCACCCUCAUGGACCCCCUCCCGCCCGUCUCUGGAAAGGGGAAAGGGGUUUAAACUUACCUUUUUCCAGCGCUGGGCGGAGAGCUCUCCUCCUUCUCUCCUCCUCCGUUCCGCCCCGUCAGCUGAAUGCGCACGCGCGGCAAGAGCUGCGCGCGCAUUCAGCCAGUCGCAUAGGAAAGCAUUUACAAUGCUUUCCUAUGGACGCUGGCGUGCUCUCACUGUGAAAAUCACAGUGAGAAGCACGCAAGCGCCUCUAGUGGCUGUCAAUGAGACAGCCACUAGAGGAUUAGGGGGAAGGCUUAACCCAUUAAUAAACAUAGCAGUUUCUCUGAAACUGCUAUGUUUAUUAAAAAAUGGGUUAACCCUAGCUGGACCUGGCACCCAGACCACUUCAUUAAGCUGAAGUGGUCUGGGUGCCUAGAGUGGUCCUUUAACAUAUGAAAAGAAAAUCCCCUUCCUGGCAGUCUGAUUGAUAGUCUGGAGGAUGAAAUCUAGGAUCUUUAAAAAAAAAAAAAAAAAGUGAUUUUUGAUUUUGUGUCUCUGUCCCCCUGUCCUGAGUUUUUCAUGGAUGUCCUAUUACAUAUACUGAAGAGGGUCUUAGAUAAUUUGUAUGUUAAUUCAUUCUUGUAAUAUGUAAUCCUCUUUUUGAACAAUGAUGUAAAUUAAUGUGCCCUGAGUCGCUUAAAUGCACUGCAUAUUUCACCUGUUUAUUUUUUUUAUUUUUUUUUUAGUUCCUAUCUCAGACCAUGGUAAUUCUCCUAAAUUUAGUAAGUUCUGUUUUUUGUGGACAUUUGGGAAAGAUUGAGCUGGACUCAGUGAUACUCGCUGUUGCUGUAAGUAUUAUUAAUCUAAAUUAAUACUUUAAAAAAUGCUGCUUUUGAUAUCUGAACCAGUAUUUUGUUAGUUGGAAAACUGCAUGUCAUCCAUAUUUUUAUAUCACUAUUUAAGGAAACACUGUAGUGCCUGGAAUACAAACAUGUAUCCCUGACACUAUAGUGCCUGUGUGGCUGUUUUGGUGGGCAGCUCCCUUAAAUCAGCUCAUGCUUUUUUUUUUAAUGCCAUGCAAUGCCAGUGUGCAGUUUGGGCAUUUUAGACAAAUAAAAAGCAGAAAUAUGUUCAUUAUAAAUAGCAUAGACAAUCAAAAAUGAUAAAUGAAUAAUUACCCAUAUUUUAACUGCUGUCAAACUAGUUAUAGGCAGACACUGGAAGAAAAGUAGUGUACCAACCUGGGAAGAAGUCAAUGUUCAAUUCCUAUAUCAAGGGAAGAUGGAUUUUUUUAUAAAUAAAAAUUCACUGCCAACUUUUUCAACUCAUAAAAUAUGGGAAAACAUAUAAGAGAAAUGGAAUGAAAAGUUACAUAUAUAGUCUGGGAAUAUAGACAAGCAGAAAAGAGUAAGGACUCAUUGGGUCUCCCAAAAGUCUUCUUUUUUUUUCAUUAUAAUGCAUAUUAGAUGAGAAGCUGUGCUGAUUACCCAUGCGUUCAACUUGAAUGUUUUAUGUUUUAGUGAUAUUAUAUGUAGUGAGUCUUAGCAGCUAAAUAAUAAGAGAGACAACAAGGGAUUAAAGUGCUAAUACCCAAUUGUACUAUAUAUAAAUGUAUAUUGUAUUGUCUUUUAAAUGAAUUAAUAAAGAAUAAUUUAUUUUUUUAAGCGGAAAGAUGUUAAGUGCAACUACAGCUGCAUCCUGUGUUAGUAAUUUCAAAUUACACUAAAACUAAAAAGAAAUGUGUGUGUGUGUAUGGAGAUAUUGAGACUUUUACUGUAAUGCAUCACCUGCAUAUCUCAAAUGUUGAUGCAUAGCUCAUGUUGGACUUUAAAGAGUCUUCCUCAAGAAUUGAGAAAUAAUGUUUCCACAACUAUCCCAGAAUUCCCAGCUUGUCAUUGAAAUGUGCACAGGCAGGCAUUGUGUUUCAGCCUUCAUACUGCAUUUCUGCAGAUACUCUUAGUAUUGUACACUGUUUUAAACACAGCCUUAUUUUUUUUAAUUUAUUUUUUUAAACCAAAGCUUGGGCUUAGAUCCACGAAUCAACCCACAAUGAGCUACAAUCCACGCAUCAACCCACAAUUUUAAUAUACCACCAAGGGAAGUACUAGAGAAACACCAGUGAGGCUUUAUACAGCAGUAUCUAAAGCUUAAAACAUCCCAUAGAGCACUCUUAAAUUAUGUAAAGGAACAUUCCUACAUUAUAAAUAAAUACAUAUAUUUAUAACUCUGUUUUUUUUUUGUUUUUUUUUAUUAAUUACUCCAAAACAAGCACAAUGUCUUUUAAUAUUCCUGACACAGAAGUUAAAAAAACUUUGGGAUUCAAUGUACCUUCCUAUUGUUUUUUUUGACAAUUUCUUUUUUAUUAUUUUUUUGGGUUUUUUUUGAGAGAGAGGUGAGAACAGUAACUGUUUACAGUAGUUAUACAGAAGUACAGGAAGUACAGGGAUUUUAAAAUGUGUGGAGAGGACAUGACUGUUGUAUUGCCACCUUCUGUAAGUAGCUUGUUUCUGAACAAUGGAGGGCCAGGUACAUAAUCCCAAUAACAUAAUCCCGAUAAGCACUACAGUGAGCAACCCUGCUUCUGAGCUGUUCCAUUGUGCUAUCUAUCAUUACUGUGUUUAUUGUGUGUUGACGUCAGCUGCAGGCCAACGAGUUCGGGUAUCAGGACUUUUACUUUCGCUUUACCUUUCCUAUUUUCUCCUGUUUUUCAUUACCCCCCUUUUUUGUGGGGUUACCUUCGUUUUAUAUGUUGAUAGAGAAAGCCAUAAAACAUCUUUACAUACAAUCUGCUCAUCUAUUUCAAUUUCUUUAUAUAUCUGGGAUAAGUUAAAAACUAAAUUUGAGUUGGCACAUACCCCAUCUCCAACUACUUCAAUUUUCUGCAAUAAACGAAUUACCCCGGGAAUGAGACUACAGUUUUAGAAUUUGAAGUCCUGAGGCGGGGCACACACUUGGAAACUCAUGAUUUCUUCCUUUAUCAAUUAAUGAUUCAAUUAAAACAUUUUUGCACUUCCUGCAGGAAUCUAAGAAACAGAAAUUUUGCCUCUUAUGUCUUUUGAAUUAUUAUGUAAUAAAGGAAUUUACAAAAAAAAGGGUCUAAUCUCUUUCUUAUAUAGGCAUCUGAGUGAAGAAUAAACAAACAGAAAGAUGGGACUGCGCCAAUAAACAAAAAAAAAAGUCCCGGUUAAGGUAUUGAAAUAGAGUCCAGUGUAAUAAAACUUUGGUCUUAUGUUGGUCUCUGAAGUUGUAGAAUUAUGCUCCUUACUGAUUAUAUGGAGGAGGAUGAUGGAUGAUGAGAUGGUAAAGAGUGAUCCGAAAGGUAUCCAAAUGAAAAAGAAGAGAUAAUACUCACUUUUUGUAGAGCUUAAUCCAGCUCUGGUAUGAAUAGCUUGCAGCGGUAUUAUCCCCGCUUGUAGGAAGCUCACCGUAUAUCCUACAAGCGGGGAUAAUACCGCUGCAAGCUAUUCAUACCAGAGCUGGAUUAAGCUCUACAAAAAGUGAGUAUUAUCUCUUCUUUUUCAUUUGGAUACCUUUCGGAUCACUCUUUACCAUCUCAUCAUCCAUCGUCCUCCUCAAUAUAUCAGUAAGGAGCAUAAUUCUACAACUUCAGAGACCAACAUAAGACCAAAGUUUUAUUACACUGGACUCUAUUUCAAUACCUUAACCAGGACUUUUUUUAUUUUGUUUAUUGGCGCAGUCCCAUCCUUCUGUUUGUUUACUUUUCGUAUUUAUCUCAAGGACACUUGAGGGAGUCCUUGUUUGGGAUGGCUGCCCUUUGUCUCCCUUUCUGAUAUACUAGCGCUGACUUCGUUCUUUGUUUUUUGUUAUCUGAGUGAAGAACCCUAAAUAUGGGGAAACUAAGAAUUAAUGAAUGGGAAUCAGACUUGGGUGAAACUCUUAAAGGGGGGAGAGUUGGAGGAAAUUUGUCAGGCUGCUGCUGCUGCAAAAAGUGUCCUGUCUCAGGAGCAAAUGUAUGACAUUUUAUUCAGAUGGCAUGUAACCCCAGUCUGGUUACAUAAAAUAUGUAUAGAUCUGAUUGACCUUUGUUAGCGACUAUGUGGUCAUAGAGGUACAUAACUACACAUGUGGUGGGAUUACCAAAAACGGCAUAAGGGACAUAUUAAGUGGAGUUUUAUAGAGACCAAUUGAUUUGUCUCCUUGGACCUUUCUUUUAUCUCGCACGAGAUAAAAAAAAAAAACGUUUCAAUUCAAUCACAAUAGCAGCUUGCAGAGUCAUUGCAGCAGGUUGGCUCAAAAUGGAUCCCCCAAGAUUACAAUAUGUUAUUACAAAAAUUAAAGAUAAUACGGUUAUGGAGGAAUUGACCUCUAAAGUCAUACAUUCACAGGAUACCUUUUCAAAAGGCUGUAAUCCCUGGAGAGAAUUUACAUCCAACGGUCUUUAAAUUUUUUAUGAUUGACAAUUUUGAUGGGAUAUGCACAGUGGUAUGUCCUCUCCCCCCACCCCAACCCCAUCUUUUUCUUUAAUUAUUUCUGUUAUUUUCUUUAUUUUUAAAAAAUAAUAAUAAUAAGAGCAGAGCAUAGAUAUCGAAAAUAUAAAAUUUAUUAUUUCAGCAAUAGACAUAAUAAAGAGGGAAUUUACUUUAUAUCCUAGAUACUCUAGACUAUAAUGCAAAAUAUAUCAAACAUAUUUCAUUGUUAACAUCAAUCUUAUUUUUUUCCUUUGUCCAUGAUGUACUAUUUAUUAUAUGUAAUGCUUUUUGCUUUUUUUUUAAAUUGACAAUUAUCUUAUACACUGUAAUCUUAUAUGAUUGCUUAUUUUAAAUAAUUUAGAAUAACUCUGGAGUGCUGUAAAGUGUAUUUAGAUUACUAGUGUUGCAUUGUGAAACCAAAAUACAUUAUUUAGUGGAAAUGUGGAUGCCAUCAUAGCUACUGGAUUAGCCAUCUUGGAGGAGGUAAAGCAUUUCUAACCACAUCACAUGUUCUUGGUCACAUAUUAAUUGUAAGCAACUGUCAUAGAGUUUACGAAUAAAGUUCUGUGCUUUUCAUUCAGGGACUUUAUGAUAAGCUAUCAGCAAUAUGUUGUAAAAUUGUGCAUAGAUAAAGAUAUGGAUAUGUCAUCAGUAGAGAUGAUUACCGUACUUUAACCAUACAGGUGCGGCAAUCAAAUGAAACAUAAGUGCAGAAGAGUGCAAUGUACCUAGAUAUAUAUAUUUCUUUCAGCCACCUCUCUUGCAACAUUUACAGGACCAGACAGGGAAUAAAAAAUAGCCCUAAAAAAAAAUAUUAGUUGCAUGUUGAGUCUUUAAAGUGGGCACAUGAAAUGACCAGACAAAAUCACUAUAUUGUAAAGGACGUCAUGUGAAGGGAUAUAAAGACUGACAUCCACCAUUUACUUAUCUCAGUUAAGUUACAAAAAAAAUAUCAAAUACAUUGUUCUGUACAAAUAUAAAGACUGAUCCCAUGCACUGCUCUGCUCAGGUAUGAAGCAUUAUAUAGUCAGUGAAUAGCCCACCCUCUAUUUUUUUCUCUGGGAAAAAAAAAAGAAAACGUGCUUAAGUUCUAAAAUGGUCUUAUCAUUUACAUUUUCAUUUGUUAAUUACUACAGCUUCUGUAACACCCACCUCUGGUCUGUCCAUGUUCCUCCUUUAGGCUUCGUUGAUUUGCCAUGCUUGGGUACACUUCCUCAAACAGGGAAAACCGCCAUGAUGCCGACACGCCAACUUUGUUGCUGGCAUCUGAACAGAAUGAUGUCACUACACUUUAUUCCUUUACACACUGGCUGGCGUUAUAAGUGCCAGCUUGGGAGUUACCACAGCAACCACCGUGCAUUUGUUGUGGUUGCUAUGGGUGGAGAGCAGAGGGACAUAAUUGACUAUCUGCCCAGAAACUGGGAGUCAGAUGGGAGAAAACCUGAUAUUUAAAUAGUUUUUUUUUUUUCUCCAAAUCUAUACAUUUCCUAGCACAAUGUUUAGAUGUAAUUUUAAGCUCCUUUAAAAGCUAAAGUCAAGAGACACAUGACAUGUUCCCUUUAAAUUUCUGACAAUUCUCGGUAUAGUGACUAGGAAUAAAUGAAUACAGACAAGUUUCACUUAUAUGACAGUGCUUUUCUGUGAGUCAGACUUUACAGCUAGAAAAUACUUUGGAAUGUUGUGUAAUCUUCUUUAAUCUUCCUUUUUUUUGCAGGUCAUAAAUGUUACUGGAAUAUCUAUAGGUGCGGGCUUAUCCUCUGCUUGUGACACACUCAUAUCUCAGGUAUGGUUAAAGCUUACCAUGAGAUCUAUAGUAAGGAAACAUGUCUAUUGUCUGUAAUUCGUGAACAUCUUUCCAAUAUCAAAGCAACACUAUAGCGUUAGGAAUACACAUGUGCAUCCCUAACGCUAUAAAUAUAAAAUGUUUGUUAGGCUCUUCAGGGAUGACAAAAAGGAAAAUAAGGUAAAUAAUAAACUUUCUGGAGGUGCACGUGCCACUCCUCUCUCUAGUGUCCUCACAACAGUCACCAAAUAUUACAACGAAAUAAAAAAUAAAUAUACAAGGUGCACAUAGUGCCAAAUGUAUGUAUGUAUAUAUAUAUAUGUACAGUCAUGGGAAAAAGAAAGCACACUUCUUUGAAUUCUGUGGUUUUACAUAUCAGGGCAUAAGAGCAAUCAUCUGUUCAUUAGGUAACUGUAACUUCAGAUGAACAACAACACAUGACAUAUUACAGCGUGUCUUGAGUUAAUAAAAAUGGAGAAGCCACAUGUGACAAACUAAAGACACUUGUCGGGUUCACUGUUUAGUAGACAGAGCCCAUGAUGCAGAGGAGCGCUGAAGGCAAUGGACCAAGUUCGCAGUACAAAAGGAUUAGAGUUGGGAAGCCAAAGGUCAGGACAGGUGGCACAGGUUCAGAAGCGAUGACACAGGCAAGGGUCAAAAUCAGGAUACAACAGGACAGUCACUAAAGGUCUUUACACGAUCAGGAGCACAGUACAACUCAGCGAGGAAUCGAGGGUGUGUGAGGGUUAAAUAGGGAGAGUGUGUGGUCUUGUCUAUUGUAGUUCCUCCCUGGUCUCCACCUAAUGUACCUUUAAAAGGCUCUGUUUUGGCGCGCAUGCGCUUGAUUGAUUGAGAGAUGCGCUAUGGGAGCGCGAAGUAGGUGAGUGUUGGAGCAAGGUCCUGCUAUCACUAUCUCAUUCAGUAGCUUGUAGAACCGCCUUUAGCAGCAAUAACUUAAAGUAUUUCAUUUUUUGAAUGACUUUAUCAGCCUUUUACAUCGUUGUGGAGGAAUUUUGACAUACUCUUCUUUACAACAUUCAUUUACGUUUUUGCCAUUUGUUUAUGCACAUCUCUUAAGGUACUGCCACAGCAUUUAAUUAAGGUUGAGGUAAUCCUUCCCAAUUUCAUGGGCAGCAACAGCUACUUUUCUAAGAUUAUUGCUGAUGUCUUUCACCCUUGGUAUUGUGUUAACACACACCUUAAUGCUCCAGACCAGCAAACUGUUGUUGUUGUAUUUACCUAAUUUUAAGACCUGCUGUCAUGCUCCUGAGCAGGUCAGAGAGGAGACGAUUGCAAGGGUUGUUGGUUAAAACUUUAUUUGUCAUAUUAAACAUAACAAAUUUACUGAAAUAAAGAAUAAAGGGCAGUCUGCCACAAACAGGAUACUUUGAGAAAAACAGGGUUUAGGCGAUAUGCCACAAACAAGAUCUUUAGAAAGUAAAUGAAUAAAGUCUUUUUGUAUACAAGCAGGCUUGAGGUUUACCAAGUAGUUAAGGAUUUCCAGGAUACUGCAAUGCAGCUAGUUAAAAGCAAAUACCUUUUAGGAUAAAGCAAUACAGGAUCAUGUAUCGUUGUAGAGGUUGAAACAGGCAGGUAUAUUCCAAAAUAAUAUAAUGCAGGUUGCUUACGAGAUGAAGGUGUUAAGAUUCUUCAAUGAAGGCAAUACGUCACAAAUCAGGAUUUUUGGAAAUUGAUAAGGAAAGUCUUGAUGUAAUUCAGGCAAGUUCAGGAUGAAGUAAUGUAGGUUAGUGCUUUUCAGUAUGAGGAAAUGCAGAGGAGUACAGGAUGAGGCGCUGCAGGUAAGUUCUCUACAGAAUGAAAUAAUGUAGAUAAAAUACAGGAUAUUACCAGGAAGAGAGAUUCUUUAUCAGAGCAUAGACUUCAUCUUUAUCAGAGCAUAGACUUCAAUGUCAAGGCACUGUUGUGUGCUUGGAGUAGACUUAUCAAGCCUCCUAAUUAGUUCAUCUAGGUGAAGAUGAUGGGGUGAGAGAAAAGUUUAGUAGCUAGGAAGGCCCCUAGAGGAGAAAAUCAUGAAGUUCACUUAAAGGGCCAGUAACAAACGAAAAUGUCUUGCAUGUCAGUUUUGAAACCUGACACCUGUUAAAGAACAAAUUAUGUUAUGUUCUUAUAAAACUAUAGAAUUCAAAGUGUGUGUACUUUCCUCCCCCCCUUGACUGUAGAUAUAUACUGCCAGUCUAAUGUUUGUUUGCUUUUUAAUACCUUUCUAGACAUAUGGCGGUAAAAAUCUGAAACGCGUUGGGACAAUCUUACAAAGAGGGGUUCUGAUCCUAUUACUGUUCUGUUUCCCUUGCUGGGCAAUUUUCAUUAAUACAGAACACAUCCUGCUUCUCUUCAGACAGAAUCCGGAUGUUGCCAGGUUAACACAACAUUAAUACUGUUAACAAUGUUAUAAGUACUGUGUGUUUGUUUCUUUGUUCGUUUGUUUGUUUGGUUUUCCAAUAUCUUUAUUUAAAAAGUACAAAGAUUUAAAGAUUUCACAAAGGAGGUGCACUUUUUAUAUGAAUAGCUAUUGAUAAUACUUUCAUGAGGAUGAUCCACAGCAAGUCUCUGUUGAAGAAAUAUAUCAUCAGAGAGCAGAAAGUUACAGGAUAGUAAGAUAGGGCACCCUGCAAUCCUUAUGAAUAGGUAUAGCAGCAAGUGAGAUUUCUGGCACUUGUUCCUUAUGUGUACAGCAGCUAAAACUCUCCCAAACCAGAGUCUCUUCUUUCUGGUUGUUGAUGCAAGUAAAACGGGGGAUGUAGGGAAGCAGCGCUUAACAAUUAAAGUUCUUGUGUGGAGUCCAAUGGAGCCAAUAUAAGGGAGAAAACAAAAUGGAACAGGAAUACUAAUAUAGUAUAGUAUGUCUAUAACAGCAGAGGCAGAAUAUAAAUAUAUUGCACUCACACUUUUCUGGAGGUUAAGAUCAGCGUUUGAUUUCCUCUGGUAUCGUAUCCCUGUGCCAAUAAUCCACGUGGUGUAUUCCAGAUGAUGCUCCAGUUAUAUACAUAGGAUAUAAAAGAACAGGAAAAGCAUUCUCUGUAUUAAUAAAACAAAUAAAAUAAAGAGAGAAAUAUACUCACAAUGGAUGAGCAAAUAGGGCUCAGUCCUUUAUAGCAUAGGUGGUUUGUUCCCCACCCGGGAAUGUGAGAUACAACUUCUCCAAUAAAUGAUGUCCGAUGAAGGUCCAGGGGGACAAUGAAGAUUAAUUUUAUUAAAUAAAUAAAAAGUAAGUAACACACUAACGCGUUUCACCUAUACAGAAGGCUUCUGUGUAGGUGAAACGCAUUAGUCAAAACCAGUCAUAUCUACCCCCAAUUCCUUUAACCAAUCAGUCAUUUCUGCAUGCGUGUUCCUAAUAUAGUCUUGUAUUUCACUCAAGUCUUGUAGCUCAAGAUGGAUUUGGCCUGUGUUAUUGUCAAUGUAUACACAGUAUGAUGUACCUAACUUGUGGCAUACCUUUUCUUUGGAUACCAAUAAGUAAUCUAGGGCCAUUCUGUUUUGUAAGACUACUGUGCGGAUCUGCUCUUGUUCUGCAGCAAGUAGGCUUAGUAUAUUUUUAGUAUGAUUAAAUUCAAGGUCGAUAGCGUCAACUAGGUUAUUGAUCGAGUGCCAUAUUUUCCAUAUUUCUGCGCUUGGCAAGAUACCUGACCAAAAACGUACAGAUUCAGAGACCUUAACAGCUUUUAUCCUGUUGGAAGUCCCUCGUCUUCACCUAUGCAUUAAUGUUAGUUUGCUUCGAGAGUUUCGAGAGUUUAUUCUUCAUGUAUAGAUCAGGUGCUAUGUAUCCCAAGAAACAGGGUUUAUAUUGCAUGGUAUAAACUUAGUAGCCCAUCUCCCAUAUAACCAAUACAACCGUUUAGGUAAGAGAUGAAUGGGAGAGCAUGUUGUGGAGGUAAAGAGCGCUGAGAGCUUUAGGUGUAUUUAUGUUAUGACUAUUUGGACAUAUGGCAGUGUCCUGGAAUCUCAGGUCUUUACUUUUUGUAAGCAUGUGCAUAGUGUUAACCAGCAUACUAUAGCAUACUAUUAUACCACCAACGAUACCCAGUGGCCUUGGAUGUUAGACUAUGGUGUAGGGCCAUAGCUACAGACUUGCAUUCUUCUAGAAUUAGAGGUGGGUACCAGGAAUGUAUAGCCAUAAAACCUUUCAGGCCCUCUGGUCUACCCCAUGUCUCAGGGGCAUUAUAAAUAAAGGAAAUUACUAUAUUUUCAGGAGGGUCUGCUUCCUUCACUCCCAUAAGGUUUACUUGCAUUAUGGCACUGCUCAUAGGCUGGUUAUCUAAGUGUACCUUUUCUUGUGAGUUUACUAUCCUAUUCUUUCUAGAUGCCUUCCCAUUAUCAAAUGACCAAAGCUGUCCCUGUCUCAGUAGGUCUAGUAUACCUUUGAAGGCUUCGCCAUAUUUAUUGCUUUGGGGUUUGUGUGCACAAAUCCAGCAAGAAUCAUUUCUUCCACUCAUUACAUACGCUCCCUUGCAUGCUUUCACAAAUGUAUUAUGUUUUUCCAUGAAGAAUCUUGCAACUCUCGCUUCCGUCUAUUGUGGCUGGUAAGAUUGUUAUCAAACAAGGGCUGGUGUGGAUAGACAAACAAAGAUAAAAAACAGAUUAUGCAUAUCAUUAUUCCUAUUACUAAACAUGACAUGCCAAGGAGGAAUCUCAGGUCUGGCUUGUAUUCAGGAUUCCUGCUUUUGAAUCGAAUUAGCUUCACUCCGUCUCCAUCUCUCUGUAUUUGACUCUUUGUCCGAAAGGCCAGGGGCAAAUUUUACCCUGCUGCCGUGUAUCCAUGCUGGUUGUUGGUCUGUUAUGACAGCCGUCCAAGUAACAGAUAUCACAUUGAAUGGAGGCUCAAAUGGUGGUACAAUGAUUUUCUGCCCCCUGAUUUUCUUUAUCAAAUCUCUGUCUCCUGGUUUAAAAGGAUGUGUGGGUUCUGUAACUGGGAGAGGGAGAGACUGCGAUAAAUCACCAUAGAUGCUGUUCAACUUGUUGAUUAGAUUGGCAACAUAUUCAAGUCUUGCUACCUCAACCUCCUCCGCCAUACCCUUUGUUAGUCUAAGGAGUAGGGAAUGGUCUAUCCAUCAAUAUCUCAAAUCCUGUUGUCUUAUUAGGGGUCAUCCUCAUCUCAGCUAAGAUGAUUUGGCCAGUUCUCUUUUCUUAACUUAUCUUUUAUAGUCCUGUUUGUUCUUUCUACCUGCCCUCAAGACUGCAGAUGGCAGGGGACAUGGAAUUUCCAAUCAACACAAAGCAAUCUGCUUAUGUGUUGAUUGAGCUUGCUUGUAAAUGGAAUUCCUUUGUCGCUAUUCAUUUGCAGAGGGCAGCCAUAUCUACAAAUUAUCUUCUUACCUAUUAUUUGUGCUACCUGUUUUGUGUCUUCCUUUCUGCAGGGAAAGGGUUCGGGCCAUUUACUGAACUGGUCAACUGUGACCAGUAGGUACUGAUAACCGCAUUUUGCCCUUGGCAUGUUUGUGAAAUCAAUUUGUAGUUGUUGCAUCAGGCCCUCAGGUGGGGGAAGGUGUUCAUGUGUUCGCCUCAGCAUACUAUUUGGAUUAUUCAUUGUACAUGUUAAACAUCUACUUAUUUGAGACUCAACCAUUUCUUUUAGGUCCCUGAAAACAAAUAUUGUCUUUAACUCCUGGUUUGUCAUUUCAUUACCCUUAUGUCCAAAUCCAUAAGAGUGUAAUAUGAACAGGUGUGGAGUUGCCUUUGGGAGCCCUACCCUACCCUCCUUGUCAGACCAUAGGCCAUGAGGGCCUCUGGUCAGACCAUUUCCUUCCCAGAACAAAGUGUCUCUGGGAUCGGCGUGUUUCUGUAGUGUCCGCAAGUUGGCAUUUCCCGCAAAUUAUGGAAUAAUUACCAUCACUUGUGGGGUCUCUGAGUCUUGGUGAAAGGAAGGGUCUAGGCAUUCUGAGCCCUCCCUUACUAUGAAUCCGGCAGUUCUGUUUGCUAAAACAUUUCCGAAGGAUAUUGGAUCGUUACCAUGUGUGUGUGCCAGACAUUUGACUAUGACAAUUUCUGAUGGCAAAAGAAUUGCAUCCAACAAUUGGGCCAUUAAGUCAGCAAAUGAAAUGCCCUUUCCGCCAGCUGUUAUAAAGCAUCUCUGUAACCUUAUCCAUCCCUGAAUCAUGCCGAAAGCGUACCUAGAGUUAGUAUAUAUGGUGAGUGGUUUGUCCUGGAAUAGUUUACAUGCCUCAGUUAAAGCUUGUGCAGAAGAAACGGGCAGUGUAUGGGCUUUCAAGAUUAAAUCCGGUAAUUGGACUACUGCAUAUCCUGUCUGAGGGUCUAGUGCAUGACCCGUCUACAAAUACUACAUCUCCGUGGUCCAGAGGUGUCUUGUAAGUCAGAUCUGGGUCUGGUGUCCAAAGCAAUAGUCUGUGUGCAAUCGUGUCUCAUUUCUACUACAGGUAAGUGAAUAGACAAUAGCCUGGUGAGAAGAAAGGCUGGGCCUGUUUCACUAAUAGACAAUGUGAAUAGAGUAAGGAGCACAACCAUAAAUCUUUAUAUAUAUGAAAAAAAUCUUUAUUAAAUGGGUAUAUACUAUAGGACUGUCUCUUUAAAUAUUAUCCACAGAGGUACAGAGUCAUGCUAUUCAAAAGCAUUUACCAGAAAAGCAAUGAUAUAAGCAAAUAUAAAACGCUCAAUGCGUAAUAAAUGAAUGAAAGAAAUAUCAUGCAAACAGUCCACUAUAAUACUAGUAUAAUGAAAACCCAGACAUAUAAAAAAAUGUAGCAAACCAUACCAAAUUCAGUGAGAAGUAGGGACAGAGCUAAUAGACAAUGACAUCUGUAAUUUUGACAUAAGAUCCCUUCCAAGCAGGCUAACUGGGCAUGUAAACUAUUCCAGGACAAACCAACCAGCAUAUGUACUGACUCUAGGUACGCUUUUGGCGUGACCCAUGACUUCGGACGGAUAUGGCGACAGAGAUGCAUUAUAACAACCAACGGAAAGGGCAUUUCACAUGCUGACUUAGUUGCCCUCGGCCAAUUGAAAGGGAUUCCCGAUCCAGGAGUGGCAAAGACUGCCACGCUCAAAGGCAUCCAGUGCGGCGAUGCGACCAAUCCCGGACGAACCCACAUCUGUAACGAAGUAAAGAUUCUCUGGGUCAGCAACUAUACUCUUUCAUGCCAUGGACUUUAAUCAAUUUGGAAUUCUCUGCAUUUCUCCUUAUCUCCAACCAGCUGGUGAGGAGCCCCAAUGAAUAAGACAUUACAACGUAAGGUUCAUGGUGACUUCUGACAUUUAACAGGUGGUACAAUAGCAGAGGAAACAGGGGUGGUCUUAUAAACAUUAUCCAAUAAUAACAUAAUUUGUCUAUCUUAUAUUAAGAUAUUGUAACCUAUAGCUAGCUUGCAGGUGUAAUGGUGGAGUAUUCAUUAUGCUUAUAUUACGAUACAUGGUCAAACCUCGCACUAAGCUAAGUUUCAGUUUAACUACACAGUUAUAAAUAAAGUUACUACUCACUUACAAAAAUAGAAAUGUUACUACGCAGUUAGAAAUAUAGCAGUACAAAACAGGAAAUAUGACCAACGCACUGAGACAGGAAAGUUCAUAGCUCUAUGUCAAGGGGUUUAUUCACUAGUAGAGUUGAGUGAACCCGGACUGUAAAGUUCGGGUUCGUACCGAACAUUACGGUUUUUGGACCCCGGACCCGAACACGGACAUAUCAUUGUAUGUUUGGGUUAGAGUUCAGUGUUCGGCAAUUUAAUGGCGCGUUUUCAAAGGCUGCAAGUGUUUGACUGGUGUGCCCUUAGAAGCCAUCACAGCCAUGCCUACUAAUGGCAUGGCUGUGAUUGGCCAGUGCAGCAUCUGACCAAGCCUCUAUAUGUAAGCUGGAGUCGCAUAGCGCUGCACGCACAUGAGCUCUUAUUAGUGUAGGGAGAGGAUGCUGCAGCUGUGAGGGACAGCUUAGGAAAGAAUUCUCCAGACUAGUACAUUAGUGGGGUGCACUUUAUAUCUGAGAGACAAAUAGAAGCUUCAAAUACUGCUGUCACAUUGCAGUUUUAAAACUUAAAAUUUUUUGGGUGCUAAACUGCUAAAUAGUAUUUUAGUGGAGUGCACUUCAUAUCUGAGAGUCAAAUCGAAGCUUACAGUGCAGUUGUAAACAUUUUAAUUGUUUUGGUGCUAAACUGCUGAAUAGUACAUUUUGGGGCCUGCUCUUCAUAUCUGAGAGUCAAAUCGAAGCGUCUAAUAGUGUGCUUACAGCGCACUUGUAAACAUUCUAAUUGUUUGUGGACAUGCAAGGACUACCGCAGCACGUCUCUGAUGAUGACCAAACACAGAUGCCAACUGCUGUGGCUUUCGGCAGUGUGCAGACUGGUAAGGAGGGUAGGGUUGAGGAGUGGGUGGAAGAUGAUGUGGAGGAUGAUGAGGUCCUAGACCCCACAUGGAAUGAUGGUCAUGUGAGUGACGUGUCCAGUUUGGAGGAAGAGGCAGUGGUCGCACAGAGGCACCAGCACAGCAUAGGAGGGAGCUGGGUGCAAAAGCGGAGCCAUCCCCUAGGGACUGAGCACACCAAGGCCAGCUCCAAGGAGUUCCCUGGCAUGGCAGUUCUUCAGACAAUGUGCUGACGACAAGACACAAGUGGUUUGCACGCUGUGCAAUCAGAGCCUGAAGCGAGGCAUAAACGUGCUAAACCUGAGCACAACCUGCAUGACCAGGCAUCUACAUGCAAAGCACGAGCUGCAGUGGAGUAAGCACCUCAAAAACCAAGAAAGGUCUCAGGCUCCUCUUGCUUCCUCUUUUGCUGCUGUCUCGGCCUCUUCCUCCACCUCUGGAGUGACAGUGGCACCUGCCACCCAGCAAACAGAGAAUGUGGCAGCAACGCCACCACGUCCGCCACGGUCCCCAAGCAUCUCCACACUGUUCCAUGGAAGCGUUCAGCUGUCCAUCUUCCAAACACUGGAGAGAAAGAGGAAGUACCCACCCGCGAUCCCUAGCCCUGAAUGCCAGCAUUUCAAAAUUCGUGGCCUUUGAAAUGCUGUCAUUCCGUCUGGUGGAGACGGACAGUUUUAAAAACCUGAUGGCAGUGGCUGUCCCACAGUACGUGGUUCCCAGCCGCCACUACUUUUCCAGGCGAGCCAUCCAUUCCCUGCACAACCAAUUGGCGGACAAAAUCAGGUGUGCACUGCGCAACUCCAUCAGUGGCAAGGUCCAUAUAACCAUAGAUACGUGGACCAGUAAGCACGGGCAGGGACGCUAUAUCUCCCUAACUGCACACUGGGCAAAUGUAGUGGCGGCUGGGCCUGAGGAGGAUAGCAGUUUGGCACAUGUCCUUCUGACACCGAGGAUUGCAGGGCAUUUUUCUUUGCCUCCUGUUGCCUCCUCCUACUCCACUUCCUCCUCCUCUACCACCACCUCAUCCGGGGAGUGUAACACCUUCAUCACCAACUUCAGCACAGCCAGGGGGAAACGACAGCAGGCUGUUUUAAAACUCAUACGUUUGGGGGAAAACCCCCACACCGCGCAGGAUCUGUGGACUGGCAUGGAACAACAGACCAAUGAGUGGUUGCUGCCACUGAGCCUCAAGCCCGGCGAUAAUGGGCGAUAUCUCGUAGCAGCUCUGAGCCUAGCCGGUUUGACGCACAUCCCUUGCCUGGCGCAUGUGCUGAAUUUGGUGGUGCAGAAAUUCCUGAAAAACCACCCAGAUAUAUCAGAGCUGCUGCAGAAAGUGCGGGCCGUCUGUGCCCGCUUUCGGUGUUCUCACCCUGCUGCUGCUCGCUUGUCUGUGCUGCAGCGUAACUUCAGCCUUCCUGCUCACCGCCUCAUAUGCGACAUGCCCACAAGGUGGAACUCCACCUUGCACAUGCUGGAGAGACUGUGCGAGCAGCAGCAGGCGAUAGUGGAGUUUCAGAUGCAGCACGCACGGGUCAGUCACUCUGCGGAACAGCACCACUUCACCACCAAUUAGUGGACCUCCAUGCGAGACCUGUGUGCCAUUUUGCACUGUUUCGAGUACUCCACCAACAUGGCCAGUGCCGAUGAUGCCGUUCUCAGCCUUACUAUCCCGCUUCUAUGUCUCCUUGAAAAAACGCUUCGGGCGAUGAUGGAAGAGGAUGUGGCACAGGAGGAAGAGGAGGAGGAAGAGGGGUCAUUUCCACGGUUAUCAGGCCAGUCAUUCACAAGUGACUUGGAGGGUGGGUUCCUGCACCAGCAUAGGCCAGGUACACAAUUGUCCAUCCAGGGCACAGUUCUGGAGGAUGAUGAGGAGGAGGAGGAUGAAUCAUGUUCACAGCAGGGUGGCACCCAACGCAGCUCAUGGGCAUCACUGGAGCGUGGCUGAGGGGAUACGGAGGACACAGACGAUACACCUCCCACAGAGGACAACUUGUCCUUGCCUCUGGGCAGCCUGGCACACAUGAGCGAUUACAUGCUGCAGUGCCUGCGCAACAACUGCCGAGUUGCCCACAUUCUAACUUAUGUUGAUUACUGGGUGGCCACCCUGCUGUAUCCCCGUUACAAGGACAACAUGCCGUCCUUAAUUCCCUCACUGGAGUGUGGUCGGAAGAUGCGUGACUACAAGCGCACGCUGGUAGACGCGCUGCUGAGGGCAUUCCCAACUGACACCAGGGGCUCAGUGGAAGCACAAGGCAAAGGCAGAGGAGGAGGAAGAGGUCGCCAACGCAGCUGGGGCACCGCCAGCACCUCAGAAGGUAGGGUUAGCAUGCCACAACAACCAGCACCACCAUCUGAUAUAGAACGUCUUAGCAGGAGGCAGCAUUUCAGCAACAUGGUGGAACAGUACAUAGUAAAUAAAACUCCUAAAUCACAUAAGGGAAAAAAAUAAAUAAAGUAAUAAAGAAAUAUGGCCCUAUUGUUUGGAUAACAUAAAAAGAUAACAGAAAUAAAUAAAUAAUAAGAAUUCAAUAAUAUCACUCCGUGAGUCAGUGGUAGUUAGAAGUAAGAGGAAAUACUGCAUAGAGUAGUAUUUCUUCUAGGGGAGCCUUAACGGCGAAACCCGCGUCGGGUUUGGCUUCUAUGAUGAGGGAAGACAUGCUUUAAUAUAUUCAGACUAUACCACCCAUACAAGAUUUAUUAUUUUAUUUUAUAUUUAUUUAAUUUGCAACUUUUUUUUUUUCUAUUCUUUAUUCCAGUUUUCGUUCUGUGAUUUCUAAAUAUACCACAUUUACUCUACUUAAAGGAGGGGAAGUGGUUACUAGUAUUUUUUAAGGGGUGCCCUUGAAGGCACAGCAGAGUAGGGAAGCUAGUCUCUCCACUUUUAGCUUUCUCUCCUGCCUAGAUAUACAAUCUUCUCCAGUGCUUGCCGUUCUGCUAGUAUUCAAACCGCAUUUAUCUUUUUCCCUCCUCUCUAUUUAUUAGACUGGCAACAUUUGUUACUUUUGCUAGCAGUUACAUUUGAUGUUAUUCUGUAUCUACUCUAUGCAGUAUUUCCUCUUACUUCUAACUACCACCGACUCACAGAGUGAUAUUAUUGAAUUCUUAUUAUUUAUUUCUUUCUGUUAUCUUUUUAUGUUAUCCAAACAAUAGGACUAUAUUUCUUUAUUACUUUAUGUAUUCUUUCCUUAUGUGAUUUAGGAGUUUUAUUUACUCCCAUAUAAGCAGAAGUUAUAUUUACUCUGCUUAUUCUUAUUUUUUUAUUACAUCAAUUUUUUACACUAUAUUAAUUAAAAGUGACAUUUUAUCUGGGUUACGCGUAUUUCAGAAGUGUUCACCUACUAAAUGGUUCACCCUUUUGUUUCUUCUCUCUAUUCUUUAGUUCAUACUUUUAGUCCUUACUCAGAAAUUGUGCCCCCCUAUGAGUAUAGAUGAAAGGCAGCAAAUACCUUCAAGAAAGUUUAGAAAUAAAACAUUUUGACAAGAUAGGCUUUCAGUAUGCAGUCAGUAGUGGACUGGGGUAAUGAAAGAGCCAGAUAUCUGUUCCUAAGUAAGCACUGUCAUACCUAAAGGGACACUAGGCAUCCAGGAAAAGAAGGAUGUGAGUCCAAAAUAUCUACUGUUCCUUAUGGACAGUAUGGACGCUUGGAAGGUAAUAUAACAGUGAAUUUGUGGCACAGAAAUAGUGAAAUGCAACUAAUAUUUGCCACACGAGGACUGUUAAAUAGUAUUAAUGUGGACCAAGUUUUGCAUGCCAUAUUAGGCUGCUGACUUUUUAUUUCAUAUUAUUUAUUUACAACCCAAAUAUCUAGUCCCCAAGGCUGGGAGAAAAACUAACAUUCACAUGCAUAUUAUUUUAUUGCCUUUUAAUUUCUAAUUUAUUGAGACGUUUUGGAACAGAUAAAAAACUGAAAUAACUGUACAAAAAGUCAUUGAAGUUAAUUAUUUCUAAAAUUCUAGAAUAAUGUGUCACAGAUGUUAAUUAAUCUGUCUUUUACAUGAUUAGGCAUGCCUAAACUUUAUGCCUGUCUUUUGCUUUCAGCUUUGCAUGUUACAAAAGUAUUUUAUUAAUGAAACACAGAAUCUUGGUUUAACAAAGUAAUGCUUAACUAUGUGCAACAAUUUUAUUCUCUUGCAGGUUAACACAGCUGUAUGUGAUGAUUUUUAUCCCAGCCCUUCCUGUAAGUUUUUUUUCAGAUUUUUAUUUCAUGUAUGUUAAUCUAAAAUCAGCGUGCUUUGGAUAUAAAAUCAUAUCAUAGACCAUGUUUAUGGGGAAUUCGCUGUUAACUUCUUUACAUAAGGCAAGAGACUGGCGUUAAAGGGAUGCUAUGGUCAUCAGACUUAAUAAAGUUGCUCUGGUGUGUAUAGUAUGUCCCUGCUGACUUUUUAAUGUGAACACUGCUUUUUUGGAGUCGCAAUAGCCUCCCAAUGUUUUCCUAUGGGAAAGUAUUGGAUUGGUUGAGAUUGUCAAGUUUGGCUGGGCCAAUUUCGAGGAGACACAUGUGGCGCUAAAAAUAAGGUGAGUAAAUCACCUUUACUUUACUGACAGGUAAGCAACCUCCAAAUUAGCUAAGGACUAACACACUCUUUUUGUUUUUAACUUUCAUAUCUGGGAAUGGGCAGUCGUGUAGUUGGUGGUCCCUGCUUUACUAACCUACUCUCCCUCUGACAGAAUCUAGAUAAGCUGGUAUUUUUCUACUGGUGGGGGUGGGGGUGGGUCAGGGGGGAUUUACACUCAUGUGUCUAAUGUCUAAUUAUUUGGAUCCAACACUGAUUAAAUGAAGAGAUACAUUUAGUGCAAUUUUAUAACUCCUCAAAAUUACUAACUCUAUAUAAUACUAAUAUCCUUUAGUGACUUGUUUAAUAGUGUAUGUCUUUUAUAUAAGACCUCUCUGCUUUUUUCUAAUUGGUCUAAUUAUUCAAUGCCAUUUCUAAUUGUUUAAACUCUACAUUGUCUCUCUAGAAAUGUGUAUCCCCAGUUUAUAUAGAGAGACAAAUGGCUGUUAGAUACAUUGUAUAAUUUUGAGAAGUUCAGAAACCUACACCAACUAAAUUUACUCUAAGAGGAAUACUUGAUACAUUUUGAAUACAUUUAAUACCUUUACUGAGAUCAUCUUUAAAUCCCAUUCCUUUUUAAAAACUUUACCAAACUCUUUGGUUAUUUCACUUUAGGUAGCACAUUUUAAUUUUUGUGUGUUGACAUUAUUAAUAAAAGGUAUUACCAAUAAUGAUAUUUUGAAGCGGCACUGUCAUGCCGAACUUACCUUUCCCCAAUCGAUUCCUCUUCUCUCCCUCUCUCGGUAUCUUAUUCAUUUCUUCCUAUCUGCUCUAGUUUUCUUUAAAAAAUAAGACAAAGUAGAGACUAUUUUUCUUCUGGAGGUUUCCUACACCAUGACCAGCUAUGACCAACGGAGGAGCAAAGGGUGCUUCGUUUCCGGUGGUCAGAGCAAUUUUCCCACAAUCCUUAGCUUUCCUCCCUGUUCCCGCGAUGCUUCCUGCCAGUAUUGCCGAACGUCCUGUCACAGACAGAACGUCGGCAAAACUGCCGAAUUGCAUUCUAACAGAAUGAGAACAGUUUCUCUAUUCGUGUUAGAACACAAUUCGGGACUUUGUUCGGAUUCGCAAUUUCAUUCGAAUGAAUGAAACUCCGAUCCUAUUCGUGCUAUGGCUGCAUCUUGCAGCCGCUUAGCAGAUAACUCCCUAAUUCCCACGGUAUUAGGGAGCUUUCUACCAAAUGCUGAAAGACCUAAAUUGGUCUUUCAGCCAACUUUACUAAUACUAACUAAAGAUUACUUAGUAUUAGUAAAUUCUUCUUGUGAUUGUAUCAGGCUACCACUUCUGAUGUCAGCAGGCAGUGGGCAGGUCUAAAGGAAACAGGGACAUGUGAGCAGCUGCAAAAUUGAAUACAAGUAAGAUUUUUCUUUUAUUAAGGAGUCAUUAGGGGACCAGGGUGAACAGAUGGUGGUUUUAACCCAAUAGGGUCAGGAAUACAUGUUUGUGUUCCUGACCCUAUAGUGCUCCUUUAAGCACCAUAACUCAGCUCAGGCAGCAGUCUUGGGUGCCAUCACACUGUUUGGGAGCCGUUUGACAAAAACUAGAGCUUGCUCAGGCACUCAGAGACUGCGCCCUCUCUUGCUGCCGUCAUAGUGCCGAUUUACACUUCUGCAUUAUCAAUAUUAAUACAAUCCAAUGCUUUGUUAACCUCCUAGCCAGCAUUCUCAGCCUAGUAUUGCCAUUAUCAGUGCAGCUAAAGAAGAGAAGGUGUAUGGGUGCAAGGAAGCGUAGGCAAAAAAUAGGAAUGGCAUCCACAGAAACAUAUCCACUGCAGGGAGCUGUAGUGGUUAUGGUGCUUAUAGUGCUUGUUUGAAAAUAAAUAAAAUCAACAGAGUCUGAUUCCCACCUGAAGUCUUCUAAGAUUUUUUUUUUCUUAUAAUACCACCGUAUAUAAGCAACAUUUUAAUCCUAGGUUUGGCUGUUUUUGGAGUCUUGAAGUGCUGAGGUUUUUUUAUGUAUUACCAAACUGAGUCAAGACAAGAUAUUUUUACAUGUGCCUCUUACUAGUUAUGUGUCUCAUCUUUUCAGGACGGGGGCUGAUAUUGACAACAAGAGUGGAUGCUCGAGUCCCCUUUGCCUUCAUGUAGCUGCUGAUUGUUAGUUUUGAGGGAAAAAGGUAGUUUUUGCCUGAUUAUGAGAGUUUUGUUGUGGAGCCGAGGUGCCCCACGUCCAUCCGGCUCGACGGGCAGGCCCCGCCACCCCUCCUGGCUGUGACUUACACAGCAGCCAUGUAGAAUUCUGUUUAAUUUUAAUCAGAUUGUACAACACAGUAUGUUUACUUUAGAAGCUCUUAUCUCCUGCUCUGUUAAUAGAACCUUAAUCUGUGGGCCAUAGCAGGCAAUUAACAGACCAGAAGAUAAGGAAUUCCAAAUUAAACACGCUGUGCAAAAUAAUUUAGGCUCUUGGUCAGGAAGUGUGUAGGAUGGCUGUGUGAGCCACAGCCAAGAAAUGUGUGGCAAGGGCUGCAUAAACAAAGUAAUGAAUUGAAUGGACACUAUUGGCACCCAGGCAACUUUAUCUCAUUUAAAUGGUCUGGGUGCAGUGUCCCUGUCCCCCUUUAUCCUGCAAUGUAAAACAUUGCAGUUUUAGAGAAACAGCUAUUUUUACAUUGCAGUACUAAGACUGCCUCUUGUGGCUGUCUACCAGAAAGCAACUCGUUAUGAGUUUGAUUCCAUGAAACAACACUGGACGUCCUCACGCUUUGCUUGAGGACAUCCAGCGUUAGUGAAAAUCCCAUAGGAAAGCAUUGCAUUUCUAUGAGCAAUGCUACAUGGUAGUCUGGCUUCUCUGUUUAAGUUCCUGAUUUUUCUUACUAUGUUGAUUGUCUAUUUACUUGCUAUUGAAAAUAACUCAGGAGCAUAUAUUUUCCUACAGCUGUGUGAGAUCUUACUCAAUUUCCUCAGGCCAUCACUUCAUAAUUCCCCCUGCUACCUCUUGUCUCAAAUUCCCAGGGCCUUCUUUACCUUUUGUAUUGGUCUGUGCAUACUGUAUGUUUUACCCUAAUUGUACAGUGCUGCGGAAUAUGUUGUCGCUUUAUAAAUUCCAGUAAUAAAUAAAUAAGCAUAUACACGCUCAGUUUACCAGUUGCAUGGGAUCUUUUAUCCAGCCUGUUACAAAUCACUAGAGAAUGUGUUGACGCCUUUUGGAUUCAAUUUAUCUAUUGGAGUAUGAAAUAUUAUUGCAAGAUAUCCAUCUGACAAUAGAACAGUAUGUACUGUUUUCCUGUUGAAAUAUGCGAUUCAUUCCCAUUUAAUCUCUCAUGAUUUGCUAUUUCAGGCUGUGUUCCUUUAUCAACUACAGACGCGCUAUUUACAAAAUCAGGUAAUUAAUUGCCAGGAUGAGUAGAACUACGUUCCUGUCACUUUUGUCAUCAUUACCAUGUAAUUUUAAAAUAUUCUAAGGAUAUAUAAUUAGUGUGCUUAUUAGUUUAACAUUAAAUGUGUUUUAUGAUGACAUUGGCAAAAACCUUGCUACAGUAGCAUUACACAGACAUGUUAUACAUACAGUACCUGGGUCAACCUUUGUUCAGUCAAAAGAAAAAAGCUGUUUGACAUGUUGACAGUUAUACACUAAAGUGAAAUUGUCUGCAACUCCAAACAUAGAGGAUUCAAUGACCUGUCUGAGUUCAAUAUUAAAACAUAGCUUCUGAAUCUGAACCUGAUAAAUGGGGACUCUGUUGAACAUAGCCAUGUCUGGGCCACAUUUGUUUAAAUUUUCUCCGAAUUGUAGUUGCCUCAAUUGGUGUUAAAGGAACAAAUCUGUAUUCCUAGCAUUAUUCCUGUCUCUAUUAAUAUUAGGUCCCCCCAUUCAGCAUAGAAACGAUUAAAAACCCUUGUUUUACUUGCCUUGUUUCCAGUGCUGAGGCUCCCUCUGCGCUUCUCACCUCUUCUCCCCAGCCGUGUUCUUUUGUCGACUAACAAUUUUAGUCGAUUGAAAUGUUUGAGAUUUAGUCAACUAAAACAAUUAAAAGACCACUAUAGUGCCAGGAAAACAUACUCGUUUUCCUUGCUCUAUAGGGUUCUUGGGUCCCCCUUACCCUCUGGGUCCCACUCCCGCCGGGCUCUAGGGGGAGGAAGGGGUUAAAUCCAUACCUUUUUCCAGCGCCAGGCUCCCUCAGCGCUGGGGACUCUCCUCCCUUUUCUGACGUCAUCGGCUGAAUGCGCAUGUGCGGCAAGAGCCGCACGCGCAUUCAGCCAGUCUCAUAGGAAAGCAUUCUCAAUGAGACAGCCACUAGAGGCUGGAUUAACCCAUUUGUAAGCAUAGCAGUUUCUCUGAAACUGCUAUGUUUACAGUAGGCAGGGUUAAUCCUAGAUGGACCUGGCACCCAGACCACUUCCUUAAGCUGAAGUGGUCUGGGUGCCUAUAGUGGUCCUUUAAGAUGACUAAAAUACGAAUAAAACUAAAAAGGCAUUUUAGUCAAAAGACUAUAACUAAAACUAAAUUGAAAUUUGCUGCCAAAAUUAACACUGCUCCACAGGCGCAGACAAAUAGGAAGCAGAGUCUCAAUGCUCCUUGUAGUGAGUGGCUAGUGCACAUUCAUACUUGUGUUUGAGCUUACUAAAAGAUCCCUACAGCCAUUCUAGAAGUAUUUUGGGACUUAGGCCCAUUUCCAUUCAACUCAGAGAUUUUAAAGAGACCAUGUGUAGACUGUGACAUUUGUAUUGGUGUAAUUUUCACUGCAGAGCAAACUUGUUGAAUUUACUUGUAUAUCUAUUGUACAGUGCUGCACGAAAUGGUGACCCUUUAUAAUUAAUAAUAAUAUGAAUUGUACAAAUUAAGAAUUAAUAUAACUACAUGUUUUGUUUUGUUUUUUUCUUGUUUUACAACAAGCAAGUAUUUGUGUAUUUAUGUGCGAUUUUAGGGUAUAAUAUGGCCUCAGGUUCUUACUGGAAUUGCUGUAAACAUCAUCAAUGCUUCAAUCAAUGCCAUCCUUCUGUAUGUCCUAAAGCUUGGAGUAGUGUAAGUCUAUUUACAUAUCAAUAUAGUUAAAUAAAUAGAUAAAUAAACCGUAUAAUAGUAUGUGGGCAUUUCUGUUCAGCAGACUCAUGGGAGCAUUUUAGUUUAUGUAAUUUUCAGUGCAAAGAGAAUGAAGCAGUGAAAUCCAGCAAUCUUCUGUAUCACAAUUUAACAGUGCACAUAGAUGCUUAGAUAAUGAUUGUCUCCAUCAGCUAAUUAAAGGAUCACUAUAGUGUCAGGAAAACAAAACCCCUUCAGUCACUUACUUUAAACCAGCGCCGGUGCUGGUGACCUCGCUUCCUCGUCCGACGUCAGCUCCUCCGUCACUGGAGCUAAAUGCAAAUGCACAAGUAUUUCUCAAUGCUUUCCUACGGACGCUCUGCACGAUGGAGGCGAAAUUAGCCUCCUGCGUCACAGAUGCGCCUCUAGUGGCUGUCCGGAAGACAGCCACCAGAGGCUGGAUUAACCCCAAAUGUAAACAUAGCAGUUUCCCUGAAACUGGUAUGUUUACAUAUGAAGGGUUAAAACCUGAGGGUUGAAGUGGUCUGGGUGACUAUAGUGUCCCUUUAAGUUCAAAUCACAAUAUCUGUUGUUAUAUAGUGACUUUUGAUGUUGCCUUACAGGGGUUCAGCUGUAGCAAAUGCAAUUUCUCAAACUGCGAUGUCUGCUCUGCUCUUCACCUACAUAGUUAUGAAAAAGCUGCAUGUAGAAACAUGGGAUGGUAAGUGGUCAUUAAAUACUAUUGUUUAUAAAGUGAUUAUUAAACAUAAGCAUGCAAAGACUUAAAUGGUCUGCUACAUGUUCUGCGAUAGGAAUUAGAAAUAUGUAAAAAGCCAAACACGUAAAGACACAGCAGAACAUCUCUUUCUUUCAUGAAACUAUAGGCAAAACAUUCAAGCUGCUGGUUUGUAAGGCUAAUGCCUGUCCAAAAUAAUUGUUUCCAGUUGUAUGUGGUAGGAAUGAUCUAAGUUGGAUCACAGUUAUGAUAUAAACAUGUUCACUUGCCACAAAUCUUUACAGUCCUAUGAAUUAACAUUUUUGGUUGUUCCUGCAGCCUUUCGUUAUCAGUAAAAUAUAAGGCUUUUUCCUAUGAGCCUUUAGAAUGCACUAUAAUAUUUGCAUUACUUUUUGUCAACGUGUGCCCUUAUAUGGCUUUACUUAGGAAUUAGUGACUCCACAUGUGAGUUAAUUAGUAGAUGCCGUGACUACUAUUGCAUGGUUAAGGAUUUUUUCUUGGAUGUGUCUGUUUGUAGGUGUUGCAAUGAGGGAGGGUUGGGGGUACAAAUCCCCAGUUUACAUCUAGAAUGGCUAGUUGCAAAUCAUGAUACACGUUGGGAACAUUACUUUAAAAUUAUAUUUGUGAAAGAUAAAACAACUCAGUCGACAGGUCAGCCUAUUACUUUCUUUUCAGGUUGGUCCAAAGCCUGCCUCCAGGAAUGGGGUCCUUUUAUACGACUUGCUAUACCUAGCAUGCUUAUGAUGUGCAUAGAGUGGUGGAGCUUUGAACUUGGAGGAUUCUUAGCAGGUCAGUAUUCAUCAGUCUCUUUAAAAAUACACAUGUAAUUUUUAGCUUUUCAAAAAUGUUCAUGAAUUAUUUUUUCUGUUAGUUUUUAUAUAUGUAUAUCAGAAUAGGACUAAUAUAUUUCCCAGUGUUGCAGUAAUUCCAUUAAUUGUAACUAUACUUUGGUUAUGUAUUUAUUUGUGUUUAUGUCUGUUUAGGUCUUAUCAGCGUGGUGGAACUUGGGGCACAAGCCAUAAUGCUGGAAUUGGCAACUGCAGCUUACAUGGCAAGUUCUUCAUUUAAUAUGUUCGGAUGAAGAGAUUGGAUGAAAGACACCGGUUUUAAGCCAGUCACUAACAGUUUUUGUCAAUUUGCGAUCUAGGGAUUCUGAAAAUGUGCUACAAAAUAGCUAUUGGUAUAUUCUAAAAUAUACACAUAGGGCUAUUAACUAAACCGACUAAGCACAUUUUCACAAAUUAAGUUUUAAAAACUGGAAACACUGAGGCAAAAAAGUUGAUCUGAAAAAACUCAGCCAUAUUAGCAACUUGGCUAUUUUGAGUUAAGUGAAUAAUCUUUACAGGUAAUGGUGAGUUCGCAAUAGAUAAUAGGACAAAAUGUAAAGAAUUAAAAAAACAAGAUACAAAAAAGGGGCAUCUAGCGCUAAAAAAAAAUAUAUAUAUAUAUAUCUGUUAUAUAUUAUAUAUAUAUAUAUCUCUGUUAUUUAUAUAUAUAUAUAUAUAUAUAUAUAUAUGGUGAUGAAGUAUUUUCCUUUACUUUUAUAUAUAUAUAUAUAUAUAUUUGUGUUCUGGGCAUUCUCAUUUGAUAUAGAAUAAGAUUGGUUGUAGAGAUGUAGCUUUAGGAAUAAUCAGUUGAGGUUUGCCGAAACCAAUGUAUGCUGUAGGCCGGUAAAAAGUGGGCUUACAUAGAGGAAAUAUGAACAAUGGAAGUGGAGGGUGGGGCUAUUCGCCUGACCAACAAAGGUAACUAGUGAAAGGGGGGAGUCCCUUUUAUAGGUCUAUAGCCCCUCCCACAACUUCAGGCCAUGCCUUCCAAUUUGUGUUCGGGGCAUUCUCAUUUGACAUAGAAUAAGAUGGGUUGUAGAGAGGUAGCUUUAGGAAUAAUAAGUUGAGGUGUGCCUAAACCGACGUAUGCUGUAGGCCGGUAAAAAGUGGUCAAAAAGAGACAUAUUAAUGCAAAACAUUAUACAGGAUCAUAGUGCAUUUGUUAACCAUCAGGUAGACAUUUUAAUGAAAGCUUCCUAAUUCCUGAAUUGGUUGUGGUAUGUAAGUCGCAUAAGCCUAUGAUUCCCGGCGGCUCUGUGUCUUAACGUGUGCUGGGAUGUCUUGGCUAUAGGCCGUGGAGGCUGCUCCUAUCCUAAAAGAGUGCCCUGAGUAGUCGCUAGGUUUUAGUUCGAGCCCGGUGAAUGAGUAGGUGGACAUAGUGCAUGAACAUACCUGUGGUAAGGACAGUAUAGUACAGCGACAGUAAUGGUUCAGUGGUGCGUAUGGUGGCGUGCCCAAGAACGUAACCAGUACCUUAACCGGGCACCCAGAAUUGCUUGUAAGGUAGUAGGUUAUAUGCACUGGCUCGCCCAUCUGACUCGUCUUAGUUUUAGGAAGGGACCGGACAUAGUGGUCUGUGUGUUUUUAGAAGAUAAGAGGUCAACAGGCACUCUUGUUUAUGUUGUUGGCUGCUGAUAGUGAGUUAUUUUUUUGGCCUGAGAAAGUCGUUAAAGGCUAGAUAGGUAGCAGUUUUGAUAACUGCAUUGGUGCGUGGCUUGGAAGGUGCAUGGUCGAGUGGUUCUGACAUGGUUUGAACAUUGUAUGUCCAUGGCCAGUAUUUAGUUUUAGCAGGAAUGUCCGCUUGGCUAUGUCUCUAAGUAAGGUAUGGAUGGGGUAGGAGGAUAGGAACCCUUGUUGUUUGGGAAGGAGAAAUACAUAUGAAUUGAAUGCCCGUGAGAUAAAGUUUAACUGUGUUGUGCGAGAAUUAUUAACUUAUGGUGGCAAAAAGAGGCGAAGGCCAUAAGUGGUAAAACCUCAAACCAUCCAUCUAAGUGAUGGUCUGACAUGAAACGUAUUGAAAGUGGAAAAAACCCUGUAGCAAGCGUGUUGAGUGCGGGUGGACAAAGCCAGUUUAGUCAGAGCCCAGCUAUGUUGGCGAGGUUCAUGUAAUCCAUGACCUUAACCAUAAAUGACCCCCCUGCCAUGGCGGCUGUCACAGCAGCUGCCACAAUAGUUUACCAUUACGUGUGGUUAAGAAAGUCCACCAUAUGUGUAGGUCUGCCGUGGCUUGGUUGUCUAGGGACAGCCCCUGAUCAUCAUGCGGGAGUGUGGAAAAAGCAAAGUGGUCUGAGAUGAAAGCGUGGCCUGCGGUAUGAUGCGCAUGGCAAAAUUUAAGGAACCUGGUAGGGAUUGUAGUUCCAUGCAGUUGCAAGUACCAAGCAGGGGGUGGUAAUCUCGGGAGUGAAUGACUGUGGGGCAUCUGGAUAUGUUUAACCACAACCAGCAAAGAGUUCAACGAAUAUAUUGAAAAUUGUGGGCUGCUCUUGACCCGAAAGUUAAGCGGGAGAAGAAAUAUUAACUGCUGCCCAUAAAUGACCUGUAAGUGCCAGUGUAGGGUGGAUGGUGGCAGUCUGAAAUGCGUUUGUGAUAUCAGUUUUACUUAACCAGGCUUCCCCCCCUGCUUGAGUGAUUGCUGUAGUGGUAUGAACAAUGGUGGCAUACUGUAAUGAAAACUCCUCGGAGGGUAUGAGGGAGUUGAGACUUGGGGUAGCAGAGUCAUGAGGUGCAGAUAAGUCUAUGAUCAGUUACAGUGUGAGGGAAGAUUCCCUGUGACAAUCCCAAUGGGAUUGCGCCACGCUGUAAAUGGUGUAGAUCGGAGAGACCCAGGUAGAAAUCUUUCUGCCAUUUCUUGGGUCAUGAGUGUAAUGCCAGCUGUUGGAUGCUGCUGUGAUGACUGCAAGUUAGUGCAUUUUAGAUUCCCCCAAAAGUAUAUGGCAAUACCUGUACGGAAGGCCUUUAACAUCGGAGAUUAGGAAAUCAACUAAAUGUCUGGAAAGGUGAUGAGUUAGAAAGUACUGGAAAUGCAUAAUGUUUACAGACAUGAAGUAAGGUUCAGGGUACAUUUAUUGGGACACAUGGUUUUUGCAUGUGCCCUGACAUAUUGAGAACAUAUCUGCAACAGUCUGCAUGCACUGAAACUACAUGUGCCAACAUGGAAAUUGUUGCAAAUCUGGGAUUUGCCACAGAGAAUGAGACAACCCAAUUUGUCUCUGGUAGUUCUCUACGUACUACCAGAGGUGCUAGAGCCUGGAGCCUGAAACGUGAUCGUCCGCUGUGGUGGGACAAAAUUGUUGUGUGGGACUAGCAACAUUUCCUCCAAGUGAAAGUGUGUUGACUCUAGCUGGAGUGUUAGGUAGAAAGAAAUCCUUACCACCUGCUUGAUACAUACUAAAAAAAACAUGAAGAUUGCCAUUAUUAUAUGAACCCACAGUGUGCUAGUACUGGCUUGCUAGCUAAAACCGCAUGGCGAAACAAUUACUCCUUUGUUUGAUGACAGGUGAGGCCGUGCUAGUUGCCAAGUGGCUUGAGAGGCUCGAUCUAUGCAAUGGCGCAAAGGGAUUUUUGUGGCCACCAAACGUAGUGGCAGGAUGUUGGCCUCUCGGUGACUGUAACCAGAAAAAGGGGAAGGGAGUGACAGGUGAGGCCCUCUCUAUAUAGCAUGUGAGGCGGCUAGCUCAUGAGUGGCCCGAUUUGGGUGUUUGCCUCCGAGCGUUGAGGCAGGGUGUUGGCCUCACGGGACCACUAUAUGACAGGCGUAGAUGCCAAGAAAGGAGAAUACCUAUUGGAAACCUAUAGUCCCUAAUUGCCAGUACGCUAAGGAUAUACCCAGGGGGAAAUAGAAAAUGUAUGUAUAUACCACAUGAGCAGGUGUAUGUACCUGGUAGUAUGAUUAGAUACCCUUACUGGUUGUAAGGGUUUUUAAUACCUGUAUCCCGGAUGGGUAAAACAAUGUAUGAAAAUUGAAUAUAGACAUUUAAAAGCGUAUACCCAUAUGUGUGUUAUGCAAGUUUAAUAGAGAAAAGUGCUCCGUCCCAGUGUUUAUUGUAUGCUUGUAAAGCCCCUGUUUGAAGGAAAUUAACUUGCCAGGAGUGUUAUAUCAUGUGUGAUAUGGAAUACUACUGUACCCCGAAACAUGAGUGUAGUGAACCAUGACUGGCAGCUGAAUAACCUAAUAUGUGAAAAUACAUAAUUGGAAGGACUUAUAUUUUAAGCGUGCAAACAUGCAAAUAUUCUGUAUUAGACUCUGGAAUCCUGCAUAAUGCUUUAAAUAGUAUGUGCAUUCUUGGGUAAAUGUAUGCGUGUUGUCAGUAAAUGUAACUAAAUGCCUUUGUAGGCAGGUAUGCAGGAAUGAUUAUAUCAUAGCAAGCAUGCGUUGUAAGGAAGUGUUAUUGUGUAAUUAUAAUUAUAGUGGGAAUGUUAUGAGGGGAAUAAUCAUAUGUCUGAAACGCCUGUAGUAUACCGUUUGACAAAUAGAAGUAAGUAUAAAAGCGAAAAUGCUGUAGUUUGUUUGCUUAUAAAGUGAAAUAAAGUCUGAGAAGCCUGUAGUAUACCGAUUGACUGGUAGGGGUCAGCAUGUAGGCGAAAAUACAGUGGUUCGUUGGUUUGUAUAUGAAAUGCAAUAAUGUCUGAGAAGCCUGUAGUACACCGAAUGACCAGUAGGGGUCAGUGUGUAGGCGCAAAUGCAGUGGUUCGUUGGUUUGUACAUGAAAUGCAAUAAUGUCUGAGAAGCCUGUAGUACACUGAAUGACCGGUAGGGGUCAGUGUGUAGGUGAAAAAUGCAGUGGUUCGUUGGUUUGUACAUGAAAUGCAAUAAUGUCUGAGAAGCCUGUAGUACAUUGAAUGACCGGUAGGGGUCAGAGUGUAGGCGCCAAUGCAGUGGUUCGGUGAUUUGUACAUGAAAUGCAAUAAUAUCUGAGAAGCCUGUAGUACACUGAAUGACCGGUAGGGGUCAAUGUGUAGGUGAAAAUGCAGUGGUUUAUUGGUUUGUACAUGAAAUGAAACAAAGUCUAAGAAGCCUGUAGUACACGGAAUGAGGGGUCAGUGUGUAGGUGAAAAAUGCAUUGGUUCGUUGAUUUGUACAUGAAAUGCAAUAACGUCUAAGAAGCCUGUAGUACACCAAAAGACUGGUAGGGGUCAGUGUGUAGGCGAAAAUGCAGUGGUUCGUUGGUUUGUACAUGAAAUACGAUAAUGUCUAAGCAGCCUGUAGUACACCAAAAAAACGGUAGUUUGAUAGUCCAUGGUCACGCCGGCACGACCCGCCCCUAAGGUGUGUCGGCAUGGCUGUAAGCUCCUCCCCCUCCAGCUUGAUAGGCGGGUGAUAUAUGUAUAGGGAUAUGUGGAGAAAUAAAGAAUAUAAAUAAAGAAUAAACAAAGAAUAAUAUAGCAAUAAUAGUAAACAUAAUCAUGUAUUGUUUGACCUAUAAAAUAUAAAUAUAGUUGGUGAUUAAUAAAAUAUUGAAGUGCAAUGUGCUUAUAAAGUGAUAGGUGUUUCUUAAAGUGAUAAUCAUAAAUGAGUCCUUAUUAUGGUGAAUAUCCCUUUGGAUAUAUAUUAUAUAUUAAUACUAUCACCUUCUACAUUAUAAUCCCCUCCCCCCAGCCCGCACGCAUGGGAGAUGUGCGGCAUGGCCGGGGAGUCAGGGAGCUUCCGGGCGGCAGCUGAGUGGCGAUCACGUGGGUCCGUGACGUCACUUCCGUCAACCGCCCGGACGCAUGCGGAUCACUUCCGCCAACCACCACUGCACACCAAUGAAAUUUAUAGUAAAUAAAGGCGCCGAAAAUCUAAACCUAUUAAAGGUAUACACACAUACUCCCCCACAUAAGGAAAUUGUAAACUCUACUAUGAUUGGACAAAAUGCAUUGAGCUCAUUAAAGGGGAAGACCCUAAAGACAUUUAAAAAUGGAAGAUUCAGAGGACCAACACUACAGCUAACUGAAGAAGCUUUAUUUGAGAGUGAAACGUGUAUUGGCUAUUUUUUAAAGGACUUUUUAUUGAGGACUUUUAAAACAUUUGCUUUAUGACUGUUAAUCUGUCUCAUUACUUUUGGUCCCUUAAAAAGUGGGAGGCACAUAUACAAACUGUUGUAAUUCCUACACCGUUCACCUGAUUUGGAUGUAAAUACCCUCAAAUUAAAGCUGAAAGUCUGCAGUUAAAGCACAUCUUGUUCAUUUCAUUUUAAAUCCAUUGUGGUGGUGUAUAGAGCCAAAAAGAUUAGAAUUGUGUCGAUGUCCCAAUAUUUAUGGAGCUGACUGUAUAUAUAGUGAUGAAGUAUUUGUCCUAUAAUUUUAUAUAUAUAUAUAUAUAGUGUUGAAGUAUUUUUCAUAUACUUUUUUAUAUAUAUAUAUAUAUAUAUAUAUAUAUAUAUGUAUGUAUGUGUGUAUAUAGUGAUGAAGUAUUUUUCAUAUAAUUUUAUAUAUAAAUAUAGUGAUGAAGUAGAGAUAUUCAGCUCAAGAACCAAAUCCGGAGUUUCUCUUUUCCAGUAGACCGAGAUAUGUUCAAAAAAGGAAUGCAAGUAGCCCCUGGGGAUGUCCUCAGGUUGUAGAGAUAUGGAAUAACAGACAAAAGUAGAAGUACAUAGUGUAGUUGGUUAUUGAGACCAAAACGUAGAAAAAGAGAGGCACUAACACUUUAUAGAGCUGUUAGUUCUACUUUAUGCACUUGAGCGGGGAAAUCCCUGCUUAAGGAUGUGAGGUGAAUCUAUUGGUCCAAUUUUAGUGCUUCACAGGACAUAGAAUAAAUCAAAACAGAAAGAGAAACAAGUGCCAAUAUAGUGUAAUAUGUAGAGUGGUUAAUAUAUGGAUCAGUGGCUUCAUACUACACUGUCUACCUCUACUUUUUUCCUUUUGUAUUGUUCCAUAUCUCUACCACCGGAAAAAAAAACCAAUCACUGUUUAGUAAAUAAACCCCAAAUGAAAACAUGCAUGCAUUUAAUUUAGCAUUUUAAUUUCCAAGGGGUAUAUCUAACAACAGCUUGCAAAAUCUGUAGAUCUUUCUUCCCCAGUCCAGACUUUCUGUAGCUCUUGGCAAUUGCCUGCCACUUGAAUUUAGCUCAACAAAGCUUAAUAACCCAGGAAAUAACACUUUUUUGUUAAAGGGGACACACUCUUCACACAUAAAGCACUUCAGCAAGGGUCUGGAGUGUCCCUUUAAGCCAAAAUAGCAAACUUAGGGGGGAAGAAAAUCUGAAACUUGACUGUGCUUGUAAAUGCUGUCUACUAACCCCAUUUUACUGUUAAGUGAAUAAACCUGUAUGUUUCUAUGUUAGACCAAGUAUCAGUAUUAGUAUUAACAAAUGUGUUGUUUUCUUUUAUCAGAUACCUGUUGGUUUUUCCGUGGCAGCCAGUGUCAGAGUGGGAAAUGCUUUAGGAGCCGGGGAUGUUAAGCAAGCCAAGCUUUCUGCUAAAGUUGCUAUUAUGUGUACAGGUACAGGAGUGUGGUGGCGUUGCUGCUAACCCUAUCCUAUGUAUUGAACUACAUACACUUUACCAACCUCAAUUUGCAUAUGAAUAAUCAUAUUUCUUGCAUUAUGUAUUUUAUAUGUUUACAAUAUGGAACUCUUUAGUCAUCUCUGCUUUUAAAAUUGCUGCUAAUCAGACACAAUUGUGUGAUGAUUAGUAUACCUGGGCCUGCAAGCCUUAUGAAGUUAUUGUAGAUAGGAAUGCAUUGUAAAAGUGGGUUUGCUGUUAUUUAGUUUAUUGUGACAUCAGUCAGUAAAGGGGACUGCUUGUUUAUGAUGUAAAUAUACAUAUGUAGUAGAUUUUUUAGUAUGCAGAGUGAAAUUUUCAAAUAAAUGUUUAGUAUACAUUUUGCUCAUGUCUUUCAUUCUGUCUGUCUAUCUAUCUAUCUAUCUAUCUCCUAGGGUGAGUGGUAACCAAUCACCACAGAUCGGUUUAAGAUUAUCUUAUAUACUGAAAAAGCAAAAAAAAAUACAUUCAUCCAAUUUCAUCUAACAGGACAGAUUUAUUUUUUUUGACAGCCAUUUUUAUAUUUCAUAUGAGUCAAAUAGAUAAGAAUAUAGGGUUCCUCCAUCUUAAAACCUCAGAUUCGCAAUGAUGUAGGUGAUCACCAGCAUCAUAGGAGAGAUAGAAACACCUCAUCUGAAAGGACAGGUUCUGUCCUAUCAGUUGAUGGGUAUCCACGAUCCCUUAAGUUUAAAAGAGUAGGAGCAGUCUAACCAUCUCCUAAAGGCUACUUGUAGCAUGGCUUGCUCCUUAUUGUAAAGCACACAUCAUCUCAAGCUGGGUAGGCUGACAUGAUAGAGUUCAUUGUUCUCCAAUGACCUCCACAGGUGCUAGAUUUCUAUCCAUUUACUCACCUGUGGGAUAUGAUGAAAUGGGAGAUUUGUCGAAUGAAUAUGUAGUUGACGAAUCAGCAGAAAUUGAUGUUCUUCUCUAUUUAUUUUCUUGUACCAUUGAUAUUAAUUUGGUUUCUUAUUUUGUUUUUGCAUAUAAUUGUAUUGCACCCGGUUAUAUAUUGCUUUAAAAUGGUUGCUCUUAGGGGAAAGGAAUGUGGUUCUACUCAGCAUUGGAAAGGUGCACCUAAUAAAGUGGUCACUGAGUGUAUACUCGCAUAUCCGUACUGAAAACAAACUGCUGUAUUAUAAAUGUAAUGUGUGAUUCCUUUUUUUGAUUGGAUGCUUAUAAUUAUUGCUGUCUUUUUUAUGCAUUCUAUGAACAAAUAUGACAAUUAGUUGUGCUAAAUAGUUCACACCUAAUCUGGCAUUCUUUUCUCACAGGUUUUUUUGCCCUGGUGUGUGGUGUUCUCAUGGCCGGGUUGAAAGAUCAUGUCGCAUACAUUUUUACCUCAGACAGGUUGGUGUCCCUUAAAGAAUAAUUUCUUGUGUAAUGCAGGUAGGGUAAAAACCAAAGCAAAUGAAGGUCACAAAUCUAUAGACCCAUGCAGUGGGUUACCUCACACCGUAAACUACCACAGUGUUGUUCCAAAUGGAAAGACAUGCCAUUUCUGACCAUCUGGUUUAUUGCGUAGAGCAGAUGCUUCCAACUGGCAUACCACACUUUACUACUAUGGCAUUAGAAGAAACACAAUACUCACUUGCAGGAUCUAAGUGAUCUGUGCCAUGGGUAUAUACCACAGGCAAUUUUACAAUCCCAUAAGUUCUUUGCCAAUUCUCACUCCAAACCACCAUGUUCAUGGUGGCUAAAACAAUUGCUAUCUACUCUGCCCAAUUGCUAAAGGCCCCAUCUCCCUAAUGCAAAUAUAUACCACCAAGGAAAUAAAUAAAUAAAUAAAAAAAUAAAAAAAAAUAUAUAUAUAUACAUAUAUAUAUAGUCAAUAUUUUAUUAUAUGUGUAUAUUUAUGAAUUAUUUUUAAAUAAUUAUGUGAUUUUAUUAAAGGGACACUAUAGUCACCAGAACAACUACAGCUUAUUGAAUUUGUUCUGGUGAGUAGAAUCAUUACCUUCAGGCUUUUUGCUGUAAACACUGUCUUUUCAGAGAAAAUUCAGUGUUUACAUUACAGCCUAGUGAUAACAUCGUUGGCCACUCCUGAGAUGGCUGUUAGAGAUCCUUCCUGGGUCAUGGCUGCCUAAAAUAGGUUGAUUAUGUGUGAGCGGACAUAUUGUUCAAAUUCUAGGUUUUGUUUUGAUCAGAACUGUACAAUUGCCUCUGUCCUUAAGGGGAUAAUAAACAUUAUGUUUAUAAAUGGUGUGUUGGUAUAAAAUUAAAACGUCAAUAGAUUCAAUUAAAGUGUUUUUUGAUCAUUAGUUUUUAUUGAUUGUGAUCAACUGUGAGAUUUCAAAAAGUAAAAUCUGACAUAAAAAUAAAUUUGACAACUUUUGCACACUUGAAAGAGGAACGUUUGUCAUAAGACGUUUUCUCAUAGAAAAGAGGAACACUGACAAUAAGAUGUUCUCUGAGUGGUCAGUGAUUUGGAGAGCAGAAAAUAUAUUUUUGAAGGAAUAUAGUUUAGAGCUUUAACCCUUUAAUAUCUAUUCUAAGUGGGGACUCUGGUAUUUUAGCUUAUUACACAUGAGCACACGUUGCAAUCACCCAACCUUCUAUUUCUCCUCUUAAGCACUGGGCUUCCCCCUGCAGCUAACCUUUUUGCAAAAAUAAAAGAUGUUAAUGAAAAGCUGAAGUUCUUGUGAAGUCUCUCAACAAAGUCUCUUAAAAAGAAUCAGAAAAGCAGAUUAUAGGAUGGCAGUCACUGAACAAAAUGCAAAAAAAACACCAGGCCUCUAGAGGAUUCCAUGUCAUCAAGUGCUUUGGUCCAAAAGAGUUUGGGGACCAUUGGGCUAGAAAACCCAGCUCAUUCACUCACUGCCAUUAUAGCUGACUCGCCAUUAGCAAUACAAGAAUAAUGCUUAACCUUCACUGUAUAACUUGUGCUUUACUUUCUUUCGGCAAGAUUGAUGUAAGAAUAUAAUUAAAAUUAUCUUUUAUUUUACCUUCAGGGAAAUUGUUGUCCUGGUGUCACGACUUAUGCUUAUUUUUGCUCCAUUCCAUGCACUUGAUGCAAUGGCUGUAAGUAUUAACUUAUCUAUUUUAAGGAUUUCUAAUAUCAGGAUCAUUUUAUUUUGGGGAGAAAAGGAAAAUUUAUACUUACCCACUUGUAAAGAUUGUAAAACAUGAUUGGUCUGAGAUUAUCAAUGUAGAUUCUCAAUGGCUUAUAGUAAUACAAAUUAUGCAGAUAUAACAUAUUAGAUACUUUCACUGUUAUUUAUUAAAGUGAGAAUUAAAGUGAAUUCUAAGUAAAUUUCAAAUUAUUAUUAUUUGUGUAAUGUGUAAAAAGUGUUCAACAGAUCACCCGUUUUACAUUACAUAGGCUUUUUGUUCAAAAGCAAAAAACAAAAAUUUGGAGAGGAAAAAAGGUGCACUUGACGAAUGGUAUGUAUAACUAAGUACUAAUAUGUGUAAUAAACAUCGGAGAUUUAGACAUACAUAAAUGGCCAAGAUGUAUCCAGCCCACCACUGCACCAAAGUACUCCAAUUACGCUGGGUCCUAACUGCCUAGAUAUGCAUGACUUAAAAAAAAUAUUAGUAAAACACAAACAGCACUUACCUGCAAAGGAAUGAGCAGAGGAAAUGAAACCACUGCCUGUAGGAGCAGACUGAAACAAAAAGGAUUAAUGGCAAAGGAACAGUUGUGACAACUUGUGUUCUAAGCACUUAAAGGAAUAGAUUUAACAAUUGCUUAUACAGCUCCGAGGUGCUCAAGUACCUCUAACCAAAGGGCAUAGGGAAUAGUGUUAUAAAUGCAAUGUGACUAGUUGUAUCAACACAGACAGAGUGGGUUAGGGUCAUAACCUCUAUUUGGAGGCUCAAAACUAGAUAUAAGAAAAAAAGGAAAACAGAAAUGUAAGAUAACAGAUAGCUAAGGUACUUGCACUCACGUAUCUUGUUAUGCGGGCUUAACAUCCUGAUAUUUUGGGCAACCUUUACAGCAUCCACCAGUAUGGAGGUGUCCAUGCCUGAAUGUAGGCAUUCUAUCAUAUUGGCAACCACUGUCACAGGUGGCGGUAUGGAGACCAAGACCCCUGUGUGCCUGAUGAUGAUAGGAGUCACCCUCGUUGAAAUUAACAAACAGGGCCUGGUGCAGGGUAACCACACGUCCCAUGGUGUUGAGCACCAGGGUUUAUGCAGCCACAUACCAGGUCCCUGAUACAGCUUCUGCGGAUCCCAGGAACUAGGAGAAAAUAUGCAGACCUCCCAGGAUCUGGAUAGGGAGGCUCUGCAGCAGAUAUGUAUCCAGUACUAGAAACAAGGCAAGAUUAGAACAGACACCAAACAAGAUAAGACAAGACUAGACUAAACAAACCCAGAACCGGAGCAGGACAUAAAACAGAGUCCAGAACAUGUACACAAGACAUGAGGGAAACCAGAACAAGGCAUGGAUUGGACAGGACCGUACAUGAACUGGGAAGACAAAAAAGACAAGAGAUGCAAAACAAGAGGAGACAUAACUAAGUACUAAUAUGUGUAGUAAACAUGGGAGAUUUAGACAUAAAUGGCCAAGAUGUAUCCAGCCCACCACUGCACCAAAGUACUCCAGUUACGGUGGGUCCUAACUGCCUAGAUAUGCAUGACUAAAUAAACAAUACUAAAACACAAACAGCACUUACCUGUAAAGUAAUGAGCAGAGGAAAUGAAACCACUGCCUGCAGGACCAGACUGAAACAAAAAGGAUUAAUGGCAAAGAAACGGUUGUGACAACAAAAAACAAACAUUUAAAGGAAUCCAAGAGACUGAGAAUUCCAGGAACAGAAUUAAGAAAGGAACCCAGAAAGCCCAGCAUAAAGAAAACCAGACAUAGAAUAGAAAACCAAGAAAAACUAAACAAGAAUUGUAAAAAGAGUACUGGAUACCGGAAGCAAUAGUCAGAAAUGAUCUGCAGCAGGAACAGGAUGUGACAAUCACUCCACAAGGAAAGGCCAUGCCUUGAGAGGUCCUAACCAGGAUAUCCUUUAAGGCCAUCUUGGGGAGUUAUUAUUGAAGUUUAUUAUUUAAGUUAUCCUGCAGACAAUUCUGAGUUGUCUCAAAGUCAAUGGGUGAGGAUUUCCACAACAAAUCACAAAUAAGGCAGUGAAGGCAGAGAGCAGUUGAAAAUGGUGUAUGUGGUAGGAAUGCUUGGCUUCACCCCCCAUAAAUUUCAAAUUUAAGGUCAAAGAAGCCAAACUGAAAGCAUAGCUGACUCCAGUUUCGCUACUUUGACCUUAAAUAUAAAAUUCACCUUAAAUUCUUACUUUAGUAAAUAACUUUGUAAAUAAACUCCAUCAUCAUCCAUUCUAUUGCUAGCUGUGCUUUAUUAUAACUAGGUUUCUAUACAAGACACAGUAAUAGCACGUAAUAGUUUUCUGCUUCUUGUUUUCCACAAAUCAAAAAGACUUGGCUUAAAAUGACUGUGGCAGACCGCCAAUAUAUCGCCGCCACGGAAUCUCUUUCCCCCCAAUAUCGUAGCUCCAAUACUCCUAAAAAUAAAUAUCGCUGGUAUUGCCUCCCCCCCACACACACAUUAGUCGAGACUGAGUGCUGGGAGUAGAUCUUUUUAAAGGACCACUAUAGUGCCAGGAAAACAUACUUGUUUUCCUGGCACUAUAGUGCCCUGAGGGUGCCCCCACCCUCAGGGACCCCCUCCUGCCCGGCUCUGGAAGGGGGAAAGGGGUUUAAACGUACCUUUUUCCAGCGCUGGGCGGAGAGCUCUCUGUCUCCUCUCCUCCUCCGUUACGCUCCGCCGGCUGAAUGCGCACGCGCGGCAAGAGCUGCGCGCGCAUUCAGCCGGUCUCAUAGGAAAGCAUUUAUAAUGCUUUCCUAUGGACGCUUGCGUGCUCUCACUGUGAAAAUCACAGUGAGAAGCACGCAAGCGCCUCUAGUGGCUGUCAAUGAGACAGCCACUAGAGGAUUAGGGGGAAGGCUUAACCCAUUGAUAAACAUAGCAGUUUCUCUGAAACUGCUAUGUUUAUUAAAAAAAUGGGUUAACCCUAGCUGGACCAGGCACCCAGACCACUUCAUUAAGCUGAAGUGGUCUGGGUGCCUAGAGUGGUCCUUUAAUGCAGGCAAAACUUCAGAAUUUAUACAUACAGUAAACUCCUCCCCUGUGCCUCAGAGAUAGAGUCAGAAACUGUACAAACUCAAUUAUCUCCAGGUACAGAAAAAUACAAAAAUUUUACAACACCCCAAAAGUACCCCCAAAAUCCAUGGAAACCCCUCAAAAGUCACAUAGCCAGAUAGCCCUGAUCUGAGUGACUAUCAUAUCCAAAAAUCACUCAGAUCGGUUUGGUAGUUUGGAAUUGCCUUUGAGGGAAACUUUUGCAUGGCUGGCCACAAGGUGUAAGCUCAAAAUAGUUCCAGAGGAAUCGUGGCAAGGUCCAGUCUCAGUUCAUGGAAUUUUCUACGAAAAGAAAGCUUUCAAGUGUCGAGUGCUUCCCCCAGUCGGUAGUUCGUAUCUCCUGAACGCUGUUCGUAUAGGUGGUCAGGAACUUGAACGGGCAGCAAUUCCAUCUUUACAGGUGUUUGCGGGAGUGCCUAGCCAAAAUCAAUUCAAGGCACUUAAAGACCAAUACCGCUGCCUGCGUUCAGGAGACAAAAUGGCUCAAUUCUGUCGACCACAUGUCUUUGAUUGCCCAAAAUGGCGGCCAGCCAGGGGAGCAUUCUAUUAAUUGUUUCCGUUGUGGUUUUCAUACUGGGUACUUAGUGUUCCAUGUUCUAAUGAGGUGCUGGGGUGGUACUCGUUCGGGAACCAAACCAGGUGGGUUUGAACAAAUAAACGAACGUAAAGGAAACUAAAUGUGCCAAACCAAGUGAUGGGGUAUUCCUUCACAAUGACAGCCCCACAUAAUAUGAUCAAAGUAUGCAGCAAAUUAUUUCCUCUACCAAAAGCAUACGUUAUGCAGGGCAAGUGAAUUCAUUCAUAAUUUUUUUUUAAAUAGAUUUGAACUAUAUUGUGCUAGUAUUGUGCUAAGGCAUAGAAAAACAUACAUCUAACAACCUCUUCUUUAUUACAAACAUGUAUUUCUGACACUAUCGGUUUAAGAAACUAUUUUAGACCCCCGGCCACCCAUAAAAAGUUAAAGAACUCACCUUAUCCCAGUGCCAAGCGGGUAAGGUCGCAUCUUCCUUGGCAGGCAGUCCCCUUGCAGCCAAUCCCGCCAAUCCGAGUCAUGUGAUGGCCAUAACACAGCAAUCACAUGACUUGAAUUGGUGUGAUUAACGGAUUGGCUGCUAGGGGACUGCCUGGGUUGUCAGGCAGAUCCCCCAACAUAUAAUGAAUAAUAUCACACAUAUAUAUUAUUUAUUUAAUUUUUUAUCCUAAGUGUAUUUAUAUAUUGUUUACAUAUAAUUUAAAUUAUUUUAUUAAUUAUAUAUUGGGGGAAUGCCUGACAUGGUGGGUACUGUUGUACUUGUGCUACAUCGCUGAACACAAAUAUUAGUGUUUUGGAGCAGUGAAACAUAUGAAGAUGAUAUCAUCAGUGAAAGUGCGUUUUGUUUUUUUCUUGAAAAAUGCAAAAAACUAAUAUGAACAAUAACUUUGACCAAUGUUCGUGACUACUAAAAAAAAAACUGACAACCAAUUUUGAAUACCAUGGGUUGUCUACUUUUGCAAAUGGUAUGCCAUGAUGUAGGUAAUUUUCAUUCCUGGGCUGCCAUAAAGUCUCAAAAUUAACAUGGGCCCAGCAAACCAAACUGGCAAUUUUUCAUGUUUAAAAACUGAAAUGGGCAAACCGCAUAUUUGACCCUGUAAUUUUCCAAAACACCAUGAAACCAUGAGGGGCAUUGUGAGACAUUGCUGAACACAAAUUGUAAAUUCUAUUGCUGUUAACAGUAACAGUAUUUUGACAUUCACAGUUAAAAUGCUGUGCAGAACUAAAAAACAAAGCACAAUUUCUCACACAUUUUAGAUUUUAUGCAUAUUAAACUGUUUCACAUAUAUAUAAAUAUUUUAUGCAAGAUAAAGCCCUGUUUCUCCUGAACAAAAUGACAUAUAAUAAGUGUGGGUGCACUUAAUAUGAAAGAGGUAAAUUAUGGUUACUUCAAUACCCUCAUAACCACACGCUCCUGCGAACCCAAACGACUAUUUCACACAUUUAGCUCCCUUUUUUGCCCUGUUGUUCCUCCUCCACCUACUAACUUGACCGCCUCAAACUUUGCAACUCACUUCACUGACAAGAUCUCUACAAUCAAUGAAGAGAUCUCUCAUCUUUCUUCUUCCCCUCACAAUACUUCCCCUAGCCUCACCCCCUCUGCUGUUCUAUGUUCAUUCGCACCCGCUACAGCAAAAGAAGUUUCUGCUCUGCUCCAGUCCUCUCGCCCCACCACCUGCUCCAUAGAUCCAAAUCCCUUGCAUCUCAUCCGUACUCUGUCUUCUUUUCUUUCUCUAUCUUUCACUAAAAUUCUCAAUCUCUCUCUCUCCUCUGGCAUAUUUCCAUCGCCCUUCAAACAUGCAACUAUAACCCCAAUUCUAAAGAAGCCCAACCUUGACCCUAACUCCCCAUCUAACUACCGUUCUAUCUCGCUACUGCCUUUUGCAUCCAAGAUCCUUGAAAGAGUUGUGUAUGCGAGAUUGAUAGACUUCCUCAAGUCCAACUCAAGUCCAACUCUCUGCUAGACCCGCUUAAGUCUAAGCACUCUGUUGAAUCUUUUGUCCGUACUCCCACCUCUGAUGCUCGCCUUCAAGACUUCUCAAGGGCUGCACUGUUCCUGUGGAACUCACUUCUCUCCUCCGUUAGAUGCUCACCCAGUCUCCCUCCCCUUACAAAUCAUUAAAAACCCACUUCUCUUAAUAAAAGCGUAUCAAUUAAACUGUUAAAAUCUCCCGACUGAUUCCUCUCUUGCAACUGUCGUUAGUCUAAUACUAUCCUUACCUUUUGUGUCACUUUACCCCACUCCCUCUAGCAUGUAAGCUCAUUGAGCAGGGCCCUAAACCCCACUGUUCCUGUUUGUCCAACUUGUCUGAUUACAACUACAUGUUUGUUCGUCCACCCACUGUAAAGUGCUGCGGAAUUUGUUGGCGCUAUAUAAAUAAUAACAUAAUAAUAAUGGUUGAAAAGACUCAAAUUCUAGGUUUUAUUUUGGUUCAGAACUUUGACAAUUGCCUCCGUCCUUAAGGGUUUAAUCCCAAUUAUUGAUAACCUCAUUACAUAUUUCAUGAUUAAUGUUUCAUUACAGGGCACCUGCGGCGGAGUGUUACGUGGAACAGGAAAGCAAAAGAUUGGUGCUAUUAUGAAUGCAGUUGGGUAUUACAUUUUUGGUUUGCCAAUUGGAAUAUCAUUGAUGUUUGCUGCAAAACUUGGUGUAGUAGGUAAGAACAGGCACUUUAUAAUGUGUUUAAUAUAGGUUUAACAUAUGUUUUAAUUUUUAUUAUAUUUCGCAUUUACAUAUUUUAACCAUGCACUCUCUUUUCAAGGGUUAUGGACUGGAAUGAUCACUUGUGUCUUCCUGCAAGCCUCAUUAUAUUUAGCAUUUGUUUUACGGUUGAAUUGGAACAAGGCAGCUGAAGAGGUAUUUUUUUUUUUCUCGCUACAGUCAAGACCACAUUCACUCUAGAUAAAGCCACCAGUGGUGCAUUUUAUCAAACCAUGCCGAACCACACUUCUGAGUAGUGAAUUAUUUAAUUAUUUCUUUUAAGGCUCGGGUGCGAGCAGGAGUGAAAUUGGAGAAACCAGAAUCUGCCCCAAAUAUUCCACAGAACGCGAGCAACUGUGAUGACAUGGAUGUGAAUGGUAAAUGAAUAGUACAAAAUACUCUUAUCUUUUCUUAAUAUCACAGUUCUUGCAGAUAGUGAACCCCUUCACUACCAAGUAUGGUAACCUGUAUGUUCUAUAUUCUGCUCUACUACAGGAGACAUGCCACCUUCUGAUCCUAAGUAUGUUGAAGGGCAUCAAGACAUUGGAUAUAUUAUUUUACCAGAUACUGAUAAUACUGACAAACACACAGAUCAGCUUGUACAGCAAGAUGAUUCCGUCAUGAAUGCUACAAAUGUUGUAGGUGAAAUCCUAUCUGUGAAGCAGUUGAUUCUUUGGCGUGGGAUGGCCGUGGUUGCAGCUGUGGCUUCACUGAUUAUUGGUGUAAUGAUUAAAUGUCUUAUAGGCGAUGGAUAAAUUGUUAAACUUUAACAAAUUAGCAUUAAAAUUGCUUUGCAAGCUCUGCACCAUAACAAAUGUCACUAUAAAACUGUGGUGUAGUCAGGUUAUUGUGGUGAGAAGAUUAAAUAUUAAGUUGCUAUCAAAAGAAGAGAAGCAUAUUUAAUACAAUAUACCUCAAACAGAUAUUGCUGUCCAACACCUAAAAUGUGUAUGUGUGUGGCUUUUAUAAAUCAUGCAAUCAUGGCUUCAAAAAAGUAAAUUCACACUUUGUUGAGAUGGUUUUUCUUUACAGAAUAAUCAGCAGACACCCAUAUAGUUUGCAUGACAAAUAAUAGUAAAAUAUGAAGUAUUGUACAAAACAUAUCAAAGAUAACUUUGAGAAAGAAACUAAUCCCAGUAAAAACAUUAUAAGAAAACUGGGUUAAUGUUGGAUAUGUAAUAAAAAAAUAUUUAUAGAUAGUUGGUUAUUAUGUAACCAGCAAUGCAGGUUUACAGGAUCACAUCAUGUGAGAAUAGGUCACUUGUUGCACAAUCUAGGUCAUAAAACAGAGUUUGAAGAUUAACAGAGUUGAUAUUUUUUCAACUAGGCUGCAUUGACCUAAAUUUCAUAAGUUGCAAGCUAACCUUGCCCCUCACUGCCACAGUUGCCCUGCCAUUUGUGUUGAUGAAAGAAACCUGUCUGUGUUCUCAUAAGGUCAUGCUUUAAGCCAGCACUUACGUCAAGGUCAUGGGACCUUCAGUAUGUUGUACUUCAGAAUGCUGAAGAAUGCUUAUUUGUUGUAUAAAGCAUUCUUGUUAUUGGUGCUGUAAAAUAUUAAGAGCAAAGCAUUUAUUUUAUGAUGGAAAAGCAAAUUUUAUAGAUGAUUUCAAAUGAAGAUAUUGACAAUAAUUUUGACCAAUACUACCUCUUUUCCUAGGUGUUAUUGAGUACCGGUAUAUUCUGCAUCUUAUGUAUGUUAAGCAUAUUAUGUUGAGAUAUGUGCGAUUUCUUUACUGUUUUUGAACCUCGUGCCUUAAGUUCAAGAGCAAUAGCUGGCACACUUUAAAAUUAAAAAUGAUUUUAUAAUAAAAAA